AUGCACAGAGAGGGGACUCUCCCUGCUUUUAACAUCCACCCUGACACAGGUAAAGCCAUUGUGUUGCAGCUUCAUUGGGCCUAGUGAGAAUACAGAGGUGCCAGGUGACCGGGCCUUUAAAGGAUAAAGUUAUCAAGCUGAAAAAUCCACAGACAGGCAGGAAUGGAAGCAUCUGUCAAUUUUGCUUCUCUCACCUCCUUAUUUUUCCAAUCUUAAAAUUCAGCUCCCCAUUAGUUUUUGCAGCAAUUUGCACUUAGGAAAAAAAAUCUACAUGAAAAUUAUUCAGCAUUUUAGUGUGAAUUUCUCCUAAUAAACACGUUUUUGUAUGCAGCUGUGACAGACGUGCACAUUUUUUUGCAAGAAAUUCCGCCUAAUAUAAUGCAGUUUUGUAUGUACUUUUCACUAUCUUACUUAUCUCUGCAAACCUUUCUCUGAUAUAUGCAUUUUUGUAAAUAUUGCUUGGAGAACUGCAUAGCAAAAUUCAAAUAAGUGCUAAUUUUGAAGGAAGUCUGUGUUUUGGAAAGUGUAGGUUUGAUAAAUUCAGCUUUAGGUUGGUGCCUUUAGUGUGAACAACCAAUGUGUCACCCCCCAAAAAUGAGCAGCUUUUUGAGUUCUUCGGAAGGUUACACAUAGCAGAUGGUAGUGGAAAGAUGGGGUCAGAUAUUAUUUGAUGUUGAAGUUUACGUUUAGUCACAGUCUUUAGGUUAAAAUGGUUGGUGAUAAUAAAGGUAUUACCCAGUUGUGGAGUUUGGAUUUUUUCUAGUGGACCGACAGCCAUUUACAUUUGCCCUGUAAUAGUUUGCUAUUUACCUAAAGAUACUCCUGCUGAGUUGCAGGUGAGCAGGCUGCAUCUCUGUAUCUCACUGAUGGGUUGUAGAUAGGGGUGGGGGAGAAAUUCACUUCGGUUCACAUUUUGAUGCAGACCUACCCAAUUCCCACUUCCUGUAACAAUAUGUGAACUGAACUGCAGCCAGCUUUCCAAAAUUCACACUUCUCUGAAUUUUGUGGUGCGGUGAAUGUGUACAAAAAUGUGUGUGUUCAGGAAAAGUCUACAUAAAAUGCUCACAUUUGUUAAAACAGCGUACAAAAUUGUAUGUUGCAUUUUAAAUUAUUUGUAACCUGCCCUGGUACCUUUUAAGGCAGGCAUGUCCAAAGUCCAUUUCGGGGGCCUAAUCCACCCUGCCGGUUGGUUUAACCCAGCCCCUGUGACAGUUUAUUUCCUUUGGUAAAAUCCCCCCAAAAGCUCAACAACAAAAAAGGUCAACAACUUUGGUCGGCCCUCGCACAUGUUCACUUAAUCAAAUCUGGCCCUCUUUGGAAAAAGUUUGGACACCCCUGUAGGUGAAGAACAGGGAUGAUGAUGAUGAUGAUGAUAACGACAAUGUUGUGAUGAUGAUGAUGAUGAAGAAUUCGCUUGGGAAAAUAUUCAGAUAAAGCAACAUUGCAAACAAAAAUGUGCACAUUAGGAGAAAUUUGUACUGAAAUGCUAGUGAAUUUUCAUGUAUCUUUUAAAAAAAGAAAAGAAAAUAGCAAGUUGAUAUGGAAAUAUGGCAAACUGAACUUAUAGAUGGGGGGAAAUGAGAAACAGAGAGGAAAGGACAUUGACAGAUGUAGAUGAGUUUUAGUUCAGUUUACAUCUUUCUUCCAGCACUCAAUAACUGAAACUGCAAGAAAAAACAGCGGGCAGUAAACCCUCCUGCUUCUUCCCUCAUCUCAGUCCUUGGUUAAAUACACAGUAUUGAAUUAUUUCUGCUUGUGGUCUUAUUUUCAGGCAUCUUGACAACACUUCAGAUAUUUGACCGGGAGAAGCAGCGAGAGCAUCCUAUUACUGUGACAGCCACGGACCAGGCGGCCGAGCCCCUCAUUGGGAUCUGCCAGAUCAACGUUGUGGUCUCGGAUGUGAAUGACAAUAGCCCCAGAUUUGAAAACACUCAUUAUGAAUGUAAUUGCGAAUCCUUGGAUAGUGUUUCAGUUCCCCCGAUUGCGAGCUUACCUGAGGUCUAAGAUUUAUUGUGUGUGUUUCUGGUUUGGUUUUCAUAUGUUCCCCCCACACCACCCCUGCUUCCUACAGAUGAAUUGUCACUUUUUCCUUUUUAGAUUGGUUACAUUACCGUUUAUUUAAUAUCCUGCUUUUCAGCCAUAAAGGCUCCUGAAGAUAAGCAGCUACAUACAGAUGCAACAAUGCAAAUACAAAUGAUACAAAUUCAAAAUAUUUCAGAAGUUGUUUUUUUUUUAAAAAAACCCCCACAAAUCCAUCCAUGUCCCUGCCUUAACAAAAAUGUUAGAGAAUACAAUAAUACUUAAGCAGAAUUUUGGCCUUAUAAGAGUCCCAGGUGUGUGUGUGGGGGGGAAGCGGGGGGGGGGGGAGCUGGUGCCCCUGGAUGGUUCCAGCAAUGGCUCCCCUCUCUGCUUAUUGCGAUCUACAUACUUAACUCAGGACUAUUAUAUAUAGGGAAACAAUAGCAGAGCAGAUGCUCUUCUACAGGAAUAGCAGGCCAAUCCAAACCAGCCCUCCUAACCUCUGCUCUCCUCCUCCAGGGGAAUGGUGCUGGUGUCUGCCCACUAUUGUGUAUCUCCUUCUUCUGCCCCCCAAACCUGUGGGCAGGCAAAUGUGCCACUGAACAUAAAAAACAUAAGAAGACCCUGCAAGCAAUAAAAUCAGGGCACUUCUUCACCAGCUGCUUUUAUUUUUCACGGAAAAUCUGCAGAGUGUUGCCUGCAAAUAGCGUUGAGCUCAGAUGGCUUGUAGCAUUGCUCUGCCCCACUGAGUUAAUGAAAUGCACUUUCCUAGACUUUCUGAGAGAAGACACGAGUGUUGGGACGAGCUUCCUCCGUGUUGCAGCCCAUGACGACGACUACGGCUCCAACGCUUCCAUCACGUAUUAUGCAGCCGGUGGGAAAACGAAGUACUUCCAGGUCAAUCCUGCUACAGGCUGGGUUUAUGUCGACCAACCCUUGUUACAGGUACGUUGUGAGUUGCCUUUGGUCUGUGGCCAGAUGUCAGCUGGCGGCAUCUGCAGAUGGUAGCUGGAGCAAGAUGCCAAACAGGGAGACAUGCAGCACUGUGGGUCCCUUUCUCUCCUGGCAUAAAUUAGUGCCACCCUGAUGGCUGCACUUCAGUUGAGAGGGGCUUCCUCCUCCCCCUCCUGCUGAAUGAAUGAUUACUUUAACCAUAAAGCCAUUCACAGCUGUCAUGUCAGACUGAUAACUCUUCUUGUGCCUUGGUGGGAAAAGAAGCAAUAAACAGUUUUGACAGGUCAUAUCCGGGAGAGUCGGUUUUUAAGUUUACCGUCAUUCAAAACCUUCUGAAGUUCUGCAGCGAGGAAUCUUAGGAACUUCUGUGAACGGAACGAAAUUGUGCUUAUGAUUACUAUGGUGACAUACAGAUUUAACAGUUGCAGGGUUUCCCCCCCCCAACCUCAAAAAGUAGAUUCUUUGGUAAGUAGAAGCUACAGGAGGCCCUAGCAGGCAAUGCAUGUUUGGUGGGUUGCCAGAAAAGGAUUGGAAAGACAAUGUUCUACCCACAGGAAGCUCUGGAGUGCUUGUGAGGCUCUAAACAGACGAUGGUGGUGGGUUUUGAAUCUUUCUCCGCUACUGUACUGUACAGUUUUACUAAAAAUGAAGUUGAUUUUUCAGGGAUGAUACACGGAAGUUGUUUAUCAUUGAACUGGAGUACAGUGGUACCUCAGGUUAAGAACUUAAUCGUUCUGGAGGUCUGUUCUUAACCUGAAACUGUUCUUAACCUGAGGAUGGGUGAGGGAGUCUGUCAUGGGGAGACUCUGAAGGGAUAGUGAGAGGAGACUAUAGAGACAUACUGGGCCUCAUAUCUGAGGUUCUCGACCCAUGUUACAAGCAUUUACCUGGGAGGAUAUUCCAUAAAACCAUAUAGUGUUUAUACUGUGCUUUGUGCAGAGAGAGAGAGAGAGAGAGAGAGAGAGAGAGAGAGAUGCUAUUUCCACCAAAGGUUUCAGGGGCGGGGGAAGCAACAGCUGCUUUUUCACGGGAAAUAAGAAAAAUUGAGGAGUACUUUGGCUCUGUCACUGGCGCUAUUUGGAAGAUGAAAGUUCUGAGCAGAAAUAAAACAUGAUAACUGUGAUACCGACAAAGCUGAAUAGCUUCGAUUUUUGUCUUUAAAAAGAAUCACUCCCUCCUGAAGCAAUCCUUUUCUUCCCUUGCCCAGAAAUCCUUUAUAACUCAACAAAUCAUAGCAAUGGAUGGAGGGAACAGGAGUAGCAAGGUUGAGCUUAGAGUUACCAUCACCAGUGCAAAGAACCAGCCCCCUCAGUGGGAGAGGGACAGCUAUGAAGUCGUCAUUCCAGAGAAUACAACAAGAGAUACUUCCAUUGUGGUAAGUUGGGUUUUCUUUUUUUAAAGGAAACAGUUGUGCAGUAUUCUUGUAACUAGUAUAUUAAAUUAGCACGCUGUAAAGAGUCAGUGCGGUGUAGUGGUUAGAGUGUUGGAAACCAGGCUUCAGAUCCCCACUUGACCAUGAAGCUCACUGGGUGACCUUAGGCCACUUAGCAACCUUUUGCCAUUCAGAGCUGAUGCUGCUGGGCUAGAUGUACCAUUUGUUUAACAGCAGAAAGGGGCAUAGUAUAUUCCAGGUAUGGGGAACCCCCCACCUGUGGUCAGGGAUGAUGGGAGUUGGAGUCCAACAACAUCUGGAGGGCCACGCGUUCCUCUUCCUAGUAGAAUAUUAUUUAUGCUGGCCUGAUUUAACAUGCAAAUAAGUGUCAAGUCACAUUAGAUGUGGUUAAAAUCCACGGUGGGCUCUUUUAAGCUUUGUUUGCUUAAGUUUCUUUGUAUACAAAGAACUGCAUGUGCUUCUGUAAGCAUUUUAAAUGUGUAUCUUCUGAAAACGAUCACUAUCUGCUGAAGCAAUCCUUUUCUUUCUCUGGUUUUGAAUUGUGCAGACAAUUAAAGCCACGUCUCCCCUUGGCGACCCACGUAUCACAUACAAUCUUGAAGAGGGGCUGGUUCCGGAGACCAACAUGCCAGUCCGAUUCUACCUGACUCCCAACAGAGAUGAUGGUUCUGCAUCCAUCCUCAUAGCUGAGCCUUUGGACUAUGAAACCACCAAGUCCUUUUUGUUGAGGGUACGGGCCCAGAAUGUGGCCUCUGUGCCACUUGCUGCAUUCACCACCGUCUACGUUAAUGUGACAGGUGGGUAAUGUUCUGGUAACGGGGACAAAAUGCCAAUAGCAUACCACUUACCGAGCAGAGCCCCUUUCAUUCCUGCUUCUGAUUGCACUGUCCUAAAUACAGGAACGUCACUUUGGGUGUGCUAGAAGAUAGAUUGCUGAUGUAGACAGGUUUUGGUGGGUGCUUGCUAGCUGUGGAACUCCCUUCAGAAGACAGAACAAGUUCUGGUCAUUUUUUCCAAAGUUGCGCUUUUUCUUUGGGUUGUCUUUCAAUGAACAAUACUAAGUUGCCGUGAUGCUCAGCUUCCAUUCUCCUCAAUAUGUCACAGCUGGGUGUUGUGUAAGUAAACCCCAGGCUCAUGCGCUCUCCGUAAACCCAACCCUCAUGCCCUUCCCCACUUCGUCUUUCUCGACAAACCCUAGUUUGCGAUCACAUCUGUACAGGAAAACUGUUGUCAAUGCAAAGCAGCACAGGCAGCAGCAUUCAAACCACAGUUUCCAGCUCUUGUUUGCAGGCAAAACACAGUCUGGGUAAACCAUACUUUGUCUGGUUCACAUGUAACGGAAAACUCUGUUUUACUGUGAAAAAGGAAGUGGGGGAGGCUGUGGGUGCAGGGAAGAUUUGAAUAAGCCUGUGGCACCUUCCCAGCCCUCCAAACCAUUGGGCAUAAGACCCUGGGUCUCAAGGCACUCUGGCUUGCAAGACCCCCUAGAUAAAGCAAUAUAAUUUUUAAAACCCCUUAAGCAUGCAAAUGGUUAUAUUACAUGGGCUGACUGCUUGAAUUCUAAAUACGUUCUUAGAUGUCAACGACAACGUCCCUUUCUUCACCUCCUCAAUUUACGAAGCUUCUGUAACGGAAGGAACAGAAGUCGGGACUUUGGUUUUCCAAGUCUCUGCCACUGACCUCGACCUGGGCCAGAAUGGUGAGGUAAGCCAGAACUUGCAAGAUUCAGCAUCAGACAACAGUGGAGUCUCUUUGCACAGGUUUUUUCAAUGGGGAACACCAGCCCCUCACAGCUCCCUGACAGGUGUAAUUGUAUCUGGGGGCGGGUGGGCCAGUUUAUUUCCAGCUUUUGCAUGGGCUCAUCCAUCUACAUUUUCUAUCCCUUUUCUGCAUUAACCCAUGAUAUCUUUUUUAAUGGACUGAAGAUUUAUAUUCUAUACAAAAUAAGUAUCUAGUUAUCAUCUCAGUGUGUGAAAUUCUAAACACACGUAAUCCUAAAAUACAUUUUUUUGGGGGGGAGAGGGGAGUUUGGUACAUUUCUAAAGCUGAGAAAUGUAUUACAGAAUUUGGAGAAUAAUUACAUUCCAAACUACAUUCCUGUCCACAUAUUAGUCUUCAAGGUGCUAAUUAGGUCCAUUGGCAUGAAAAAUGCAGACUGAAUGAAAUUCUCUUUUGUCUGCCCCUGUAUGAGACAGGCACGCAUUGUGUUCACACAUUAUGUUUUCCUGUGUGCGCUCGAAACAUCCUAGGUGUGCACCUAAAAAUACAAAGUGUGAAAUAGCUUUACAAGCCCAUCACAUCGAGCACUCGGAGACUAAAAUGCAAAACUUGCCAGUGACAGAACUUGAUGGCUUAUGGCUGCAGUGAGGGGUAGCUGAUACCAGACUUGGUUCAAGACUCACUGUGGGUGAAUUGCGUGGUAUUAUUUCUCCUAAGAGCAUAAGAUGGUGCAUUUAUCUCCCCUUGCUUUUGAGGUCAAGUGCAUGGAAACGCUUAGGCUAGGGUGUUUGUGUACAUGUGUUCUGUCAGGUAUAUUUUGCUUACCCAGGACGUGUCCAACGUAGACAAAAAUAAUGCCUGAUGUUCAUUGUAGCCCUUCUCUCCCUCAACCUUUCAGAUCACUUAUUCUCUGCUACCUGACCGCAGCGGCGACUACACGUUCUUCCGCUUGGAUUCGAAAACGGGUUCCAUCUAUACCGCCUCCGUGUUUGACAGGGAAAAGAAGGCGUCGUACCUCUUGGAAGUCAAGUCCACAGAUGGCUCAGAAUCAGCUCGCCCUGGAAAGCAUGGCCAGCCAAAUACCGGUGAGGUGUAGUGGUGGAAACGCUUGUGGCAUCCAUUUUUCUUUUUGUUACACGUUUCUCCGAAAUAGGUUUUGGCACUGAAGCAGCACCUUGGCUGCCCUGACUGAUGGUCUUUGUCAGGAGAGAGAUGGGGAGGAGAAAUACAGUUUUGCUGGUUCUUCUUUCCCUGUCUGUGGCUUGUGGCACCACUGGACGUGGUGUUCUUCUUUAGCGACUCAAGGAGGUGGGAAUUGGAGGUCCUGUACUAUGGGGGCCCCACUCCUAGGGCGGCUGCCAGAAAGUAGGACAAGGAGAUGGUUGUUUGGCUCCCUGGUUUUUGAGCCAACCCAACUUGAACAGGAAAUAACUUAGUUAUCUGUAAAGCUCUAUAAGGCUUAGGCCCUGGCUAUCUGUAUUCUCCCAUACAAACCUGCUUGGACUCUGAUAUUUCGGGGGAGGCCCUUCUCUUAGUCCUCUUCCCCCUCAGAGGGGGAGAAGGCCUUCUUGAUGGCUGCUCCGACUUUGGAACUCCCUUCCUAGAGAAGCUAGACUGGCUCCAUCAUUCUCCUUCCGAUGGCAAGUGACAACCGUUUAUUCUAACAGGCUUUUUUUGGAAUUGACUGUUUUGAAAGGAGAGUCCUUUUAAAUGGAGCUGUGCUGCUUUCAUUAUCUGAAUUUUGAUAGAUUUCUUUUCCAUUCUGUUAGAGUUUAAUUGCUUUUAAACAAUCGCCAUUUUAUGUUUUUUAACUUUCUGGAUUUAUUCCAUGUGGUUUUCAUUUGAGUAAGCAGCCUUGAGUGCCCGGUCUGGGAGAUAGGUUGGAUAUAAAUAAAUAAUCAAAUUAGAAUAUAAUCACUGGUGAACUUAGCUGUUCUGAAGCAAAGGGCUAAAAACCCACACUAUCGACUUUCAGGAUAGGAAAGCGAUAACAAAACAUUUACAGUUCCAGUAUUAGGCACCCGUUAUUCACAUGUUAUCUGCUUAAACAAAUGGAAUGUGACAUUCAUGUGAUAUCCGAGCACUUUUUUUUUUUUGAGUAAUGUUAGUAUUUUAAAUUGUCCACAACCCUAAGGCUCUGUUGCUGUAUUGUCUGCACUAUUCGUCUUCAUUUAACGUGAGGCGAGACAGUUUCAGGAAUUGCAGCUGACAGAAGUGGCACAGCUGAGUAUUUUAAUCUCUUGUUCCUCAUCUCUCCAGACACCGCCUACGUGCGCAUCUUUAUCAGCGAUGUCAACGACAACAAGCCCAUAUUCACCAAGAGUGUCUAUGAAGUUAAUGUGGAGGAAGACCAAGACGUGGGAUCAACUGUCACCACCGUCAGCGCUAAUGAUGAAGACGAAGGUAAAAGCUUCGGGAUUCCCGGUGGCGGCACCUGAAAUAUUAAUGAGUUAAUUUUUCCGGAGCGUCGGGACCGUCUUGUGGCAGCUCCAGGAAGGGGGAAACAGGUCUUUUAUCUCUCAACAUUCCGUUUUGAGCUUGACAGGUGCUGAGCACCUCCUUUACGAAGCCCCCGCGAGGCCCUGGGGCAAAUAAUUAUUUACUUUAGGCACAUUAAACAAAGUUAGGGCUGGGGAAGGAUGACUUUGGGUUUGCCAUAUGGCAGUAUGCAUCUCUGAUACGGGAACGAGAGCAAGGAAGCUGGGGGAAGAUCAGGCAGGGCCCCUGAGCUUCGAUGCAGUGAUUAGAUCUACUUUUCCGCAGUAAGCGAUUUGCUUCUGAAUGCUGCCCUUAUGGCAGGGUACCUUCCAGAUGUUGUUGGACUACAAGUCCCAUCAACGCCUGCCAGUGUGCCCAAUGGUCAGGCAUGAUGGGUGUUGCUGUUCACGAACAUCCUGAGGGCAGCGCAUUGGCUACCCCGCCUUACGGAAUGUCAGGCAGAAAGGAGUGUCUCAUCGUCAUCUUCUUCAUCACCAUGAUCCUGGUUUUACAGAAAGCAUAUUUUCCAUUUCCCCACUUUUAGGAACUAAUGCAAAGUUAAGGUACCAGAUAACAGCCGGGAAUACCGGAGGAGCGUUUGAUGUUGAACCAGAAACAGGAGUCGUCUUCAUUGCGCAGUCACUAGAUUACGAAGAAGCCCAGUUGUAUGAACUCCACCUGUUGGCUUCUGAUGGGAAAUGGGAGGAUUACGCCAUUGUAAUCAUCAACGUUGUGAAUAAAAAUGACGAAGCUCCCGUUUUCUCUCUCAAUGAAUAUUACGGAAGUGUGAUUGAGGAACUGGAUGGCCUUCCGGUCUUCGUUCUUCAGGUAUAUUGGGAAUGGCUCAUCCAAAUAACAGUGAAUGGUUACAGUGCCCCAAGAGUUGGUGUCACACAGCCCCACUUAGUUGCUCAUGUUCCAGGUGCGGAAGCCAGUGCCUUAAUACCUGUGUAUACCUGGCUUCAACUCUUCAGUUACUCCUCCCUGGAGUGCACAGGAUGCCUAGUUGUGGUGCAGCAGUUCACAAAUUGGGCUCAACCAAGAACCUCAUGGUGCCUUAUAGUUGUGUUUUCAAUGCUGUUUGGUAUCUUGACUUGAUAGCUGCUUUGAAAAUAGGUGGGAUAAAAGCUUUUUUAAAAAUAAAAACAAAUGAACUUUUAUCUCGCCUACUUUCCAAGGAACUCAAGGUGGCUAUCAAGUCAAAGUACCUAAACGAUACUGAAAAUACAAAACAAUUCUCAAGGUAAGUCAAUGAUAAAAGCCACAAAAAUAAACCAAAAUCCUCUGUCCCCAGGGCUGGGAGUCCUGUGGGCUUGCAGAUGUGGACCACCAGCUCCCAUCAGCCCCAGGCAGCAUGGCCAAUGGGCAGGGGUAAUGGAAGUUGUAGUCCAGCAACUUUGAGAGGGUCCAAGGUUCCCAUCUCUGAUACAAGGUCAUCACCUUGUAUGAUGUAUAGAUCAGCCUGUGGUGGUGCUAGAAACUGCAGCCCAAAAGUGAUUCGUGGCUUUGCUGCUUGCUUAAAGUGGCUGCCUCUAGUAGUGAACCAGCCCUUAGUCGGCCUAUUUGUUGGUGGCAACUUGGUUGGGGUUCUCAGCUGUGCACCUGGGGUUUCCAGUUUCCAGUACAGAAGGGUAGAAUGAUGGCCAAUUUCUUCUUCCGCCAAUGGAUAAAUCUGGACAUUUGCACAGGUUGCACCUUAACAAACUGAUUCCAUUGAUGUGCACGGAUUACAUUCUUGCCAAUUUCCUAAAUCUAAAACUUGAAUCAGGUUGUUUUGUGACGAUAAUGUGGCUCUGAUUCUCACCUUCUUAGAUAUGCUGGUGCUUCACAUGCAGUCUGAAUGCCAGAUGCUUAUUUAGGAUAAUAGCUUCAGUUUGAAAGAUGCUGCUGCCAGCAUUUGAUAAGGAUACUGUUUGUUUUCAGCCUAUAUGUAGUACAUCGUUUUUAUUUGUUGUUCUGUGUUGAUAUAUGGUGCUGAAUUUAUGAUCUGUGGUUACUUGAUCUAUGCAUCUUAAACUUUGUUCUCCAUAGGUUGUAGCAAGUGAUCCUGAUAGCAUCUUGGAUGGAGGUGAUCUGAGAUACUCCUUGCAUGGACAUGGGGCAGAUGAUGUAUUUGCUAUCGAUGAGAACACAGGCAGCAUUUAUUCCCAGAAAAUGUUAGACCGGGAAGAGCGAGCCCUUUGGAGAUUUGUUGUGCUGGCAACAGAUGAAGGAGGGGAAGGGCUUACUGGCUUUGCAGAUGUGAUUAUAAACAUCUGGGAUAUAAACGAUAAUGCCCCUGUGUUCACCUGCAUGCCCAGUGAUUGCAACGGGAGUGUCUUUGAAAGCUCACCUGAAGACACGUUCGUCAUGGAGAUGGCAGCUGUAGACUUGGAUGACCCGAACGUGGGUCUCAAUGCAAUUUUGACAUACCGUAUAAUUGAGAAUGUGAAAAAUGACUUGGAUAUGGACUUGUUCAAAAUCAAUCCCAGUACUGGCAACAUCUAUGUGGCGGAAGGGAUGUUGGACAGAGAAAAGAUGGAAAAAUAUUUCCUUACCGUUGAAGCAAAAGAUGGUGGAGGACUGGCGGGGACAGGCACAGCAACCAUCUGGGUUGCAGAUGUAAACGAUCAUAUCCCUAACUUCAUGCAGGAAGUUUGGCAUACUGUAAUCCCCGAAACCAUCGCCGUCAACUCAGAGGUUCUGGAAGUGUCGGCAACUGAUGAAGACAGCGGGGAAAACGCUCACUUGACAUUCAGCAUUAUUGGUGGGGAUCCAGAACAGAAGUUUUACAUUGAAAGCCACAAGGAAGGCCACCAUGCUACCAUCAGGCUGAAAAAGGCCUUGGAUUAUGAGCAAAUCCACGAAAGGUGGUUCAACCUUACAAUCAAGGUGGAAGACCUAGAUUUCUCCAGCACUGCCUUUUGCUUGAUCGAAGUAGAAGACCGUAACGACCACAAGCCGGUUUUCAGUUCUCAGUUUGUCCAGCUGAGCCCUUUCUUUGAAAACAUACCUGUGGGAACCACCAUAAUCACUGUGACGGCCACGGACGAGGAUUCUGGUUUGAAUGGGGAUACUGAAUAUUCCAUCCAGGUGGAUUCUGAUCCAGCCGGACAAUUUGCGAUAGACCAGGAUGGCCACGUGACCGUGGCCAAACCGCUGGAUCGUGAGGUCAUUCAGGAGUACCGUCUAAUAAUACAGGCUUCUGAUCAAGGCCUACCUGCCCAAACAGGAAGUGUUACGGUAUUGGUUGCCUUGCUGGAUGUCAAUGACAACGGGCCAAGGUUUGAGGCCCCAUAUAUGCCUGUGGUCUGGGAAAAUAUGCCAGGGCCUCAGCUGGUUUCCAUGAGCCCUGCGUCUCCUCUCCUUUGGGCUUUUGACCCAGACAGUGAUGAGAAUGGGCCACCUUUUAUGUUUUUCUUGCCACCAGAUUAUCAGAAUUCUUUGGAUUUCUCUCUUACCGACAAUGGAAAUAAUACUGCAACGAUCACUGCUCUGAGGUCCUUUGACAGAGAGAAGCAGAAGCUGUUCCACCUCCCCAUUAUUAUAACCGAUAGUGGGAGCCCCCCUGUGAGUUCCACAAACAUACUGACCAUAACUAUUGGUGACGAAAAUGACAACAGCCAUGAAGCUGGCCAUAAAGUGAUCUAUGUUUAUGUACACAGAGGUGGGUAUCGCGUAACCUAUGGGCAUAUUUGUACAGAUGUCUUGACAUGCUUCAACUGUCAUCUCCUCUCCUGUAGUCAGAGCAGCUUAAACAGAGAGCCAGUUUACACUAGGGCUGGUCAGAAAUGACCACGAGGAAUUCAGAAACGUUUUACCCAGCUUGAAAUUUGCAGUUUGAACCCCCCUCUUUUUCUUUUCAGAGAGGAGAACUCCUUUCAGUGGAGUGGAGAAUCAGAGUUCCAACAGGAUAAGUGGGCACCAUUUUUAUGUGCGUUUUUGGAAAAUAAAAAUGGCUUCCACAAUGAAAAAGGACUUUGCCGCUCACUGGGACUGCCAUUAUAGCAGUUUGAUCAUAUAUGUGCAGGUCAAAGCUUGGUAGGCAAUGGGUGGGGUGGGUAGGAAUCGCGCUUCCUCCUCAACAUAGGCUAAUGGAUGGCAUUUUAGCUGACUGUUCCAGACUAUUAACCAGCCAUGGAAUGAUUGGUCCAAACUAGCUGAAUGACUGCGGCCAAAUGAAAAUUUCAACUUGUGGGUCAUCCUUGCUAACAGCUUGUGAAUGGGUGGGUAGAAUGAGAAAGAUAAGUGACUGACUGAAACAGACUUAUAUCAUGAAGGGUGAGAGAUAGAUGGGGAAAUUGAAAAUGUCCUGGUGGUGCAGAUUUGAGUUGCAGCAAGCAAGCUGCUUCUCCUCACCACAGUAGGUACUAUUAAAAGAGCAACUGGUUUUCAGUGACUGUUUCUGACCUGGAAACGGCUUCCACAAUGAAAAAGGACUUUGCCGCUCACUGGGACUGCCAUUAUAGCAGUUUGAUCAUAUAUGUGCAGGUCAAAGCUUGGUAGGCAAUGGGUAGGCAUUUGAUGCCUCUUUCCAUCUAAGGAAAGAUUCUGUUAGUUGCAGCCAUGAUGCUUCUUCCUAUAAAUCCUAAACCGAAGAGAUGGAAAACGUUCUGUACAUGCUCAGUGUGAAAUGGCAAAGAUUUUAUAUAUUUCAUUUCUUUAAAAGGCCCUUUGCAGCAAUUUGCAAGGCAGCAUGCAAACCCCAUGUGCGAUCAGCUAAAGCAGGCACCCCCAAACUCGGCCCUCCAGAUGUUUUGGGACUACAGUUACCAUCAUCCCUGACCACUGGUCCUGUUAUGAUGGGAGUUGUAGUCCCAAAACAUCUGGAGGGCCGAGUUUGGGGAUGCCUGAGCUAAAGGGUGGAGCAGGGGAGUAACACUCCAAAUGCUUACUUCAUUUUUUUAAAAAGUGAACAUUGUGUCAAUGGCAAAGAUCUGCAGCAUGUCUGUUCAGAAACAAAUGCAGUUCAAUUCAAAUGGGCUUCCUCCCAAGCAGGCAAGGUGAUUCAGAAUAACGAAAUAAUGUUACCCUGCAUGCAUUUGAUAUUGCAAAGUAAUUUGUGCAGUCUGCAGGCAGAAGCGGUUGUCCUGGACGCAGGUUACAUAGAACUGCCUCCUCCUGUGUUGCCUAGGCAAUCAGACAAAGCAAGCUGCUAGCUUUCAUAUUACUUUUGUCCUCAUUAGCCAGUUCCCUCAGGCAAGGACUCUUCCGUGCCCUUUCCCCCACUUUUUUUUUUUUUGCUGAUUAGAACCAGCGAAACAGCAGGGGAUUUCCUAAACAACAUGGAAUCAAGUUUGGCAAAUCCAUAGGAAUGCUUUCCCUUGAAUUAGAAUCUCUGGGGUUGUAUCCAGUGCUAACUUCUACUCUUGAGUUUCCCCAUUGAAAUUAAUGGCCACAACUCAUUUAGGCCUGUUAACGCCACUUUAAAACAGGAACAAGCUUCUAGCGCUUAUGGUUAUGCAGUCUUGUGUUCUGGUCUGGUGCCAGAUCCCGCAGAGAAAGAGGCAAGUGAGCAACUUGCUGAGAGGCAGGUUGGGAGGGAAAAUGGGGCCUUUUAAGCCUCUUGUCUCCAUAUGCCCCUCCUCCAGGCUCCACCCCCUUGCGGAGAACUACAGAGCUUUAAAGGGCCAACCCUCUGUCCUGAAGACAGGUGCUCCUCCUCCAUCCCAUUGCCCCCCUCCUGGUAUGCUCCCUGCCCUGCCAGGCUGGUGACUUGGGCUGGGAGGCAUCUGGUUCUUUGUACUUAGCGGGAGGUUUCUGUGAGGGUCCAGGCACUAGGCCCUGGCAGUUUGAGUGGUUCCUGCCCAGCUACUUCAGGCGCACUUGUAUCCCUAUAUUAUGCAGUCAGCUCUGAGCCCUGCUCCCCUUCUGUUGUCCAUGCAGCCUCUGACUUUGUGUUUGGAUCUUCUUUCUUCCUUGGCGAUCACUCUUAGCUGAGUAAGAUUGUCUUUCCAUAAACAUGAUUUUAACAGUUGAGUCCGUAAGUGACUGUGGAGACCAAUUCUGGAUCCACAUGUCUUUCCACAGUGGGGACAUAGGUUUCCAGGCGGGAGUUGAUCACGGUCUGGGUCACUGCUAGAUUCAAGGGCCAUGAAGUGCAGACGAAUGGAAAAGGUUGUGUGGCAGUGGCUGGUCAAAUCUCAGAGAUUGGGAGAAUGAGGUGUAUAGUAUAAAUACAAAUUGGGAUUUUGCUGAGCUGGACCAAGUUGCUAUCUACUCCAGCUAGCAGCUCCUCUCCUAGAAUUUGGGCUGAGUCUUCCCCUGCUCCUGUUCCCAGAAAGCCUUUUAAACUGGAGAAAGCAGGGAUUGAACCUGGGAUGGUACGCAGAGCCGUUGCUAUAGAGCUGCACUCUUCAUUGUUGCUUUACUUCCGCUAGUUGCAUUUGAGGGAUAAAACCCACAAAUGCAGAUGUUCUCUCUCUCUUUUUGCAAUAUAUUCAAGCACUAGAAAUCAGCUUUAUCUGGGGAAGAGUUUUUAGUUAGCUCUGCACAGAAAUCUUAUUUUAUUUAAGACCAGAGCGUGCCCAAUCCUAUAUAUGCAGUAUUUGUGGAUGAGCUUCCCAGCUGCACUUACAUGAAAGAUCAGAGUACUUGCUAUUGCAUUACUUGAAACGUCUUGGAUCAUAACCUUUGUGAAAGCCAAGCAGCAAUAAAAGUGACAAAUGCAGCAAUAAAUGCUCUGGGAUAUCAAGCUCCUCGGAAAAAAGGGGGAAAAAUUAAUGCAGAUUUAUUAUAAUUUAUCUCAACAGGAAAAUGGUCGACAACGGUGCUUGGGGAAGUGUUUGCACCUGACCAGGAUGACUGGGACAAUAAAACAUUUGUCUCUGAAGGAAAAAUGCACAAGUGAGGAUUGUAUUUGUGUCAAGCAGAGCAAUAUUUAAUAUUUAUGCUUCUGUAAUUAUUUUCUUACGUUUUGUUAUGUGUGCUUUGUAUAUAUAAAGCCUAGAUUAUUGCUUGGUACGGAGAUGGCAAUCUAUUAAACUUGCACUUGCCAUUUAUUGCGGGUUACAAUUGGGACAAUCUGUCGUGUCACUGAUGCAGCCGCAUUUGCGCCAUGAAAUGCUGAGACCCCCUUUACCAAAGGCGUGAAGCAGGGUUAAUGCAGGGCACCGUAUGUAUAGCAUCCCAGCAUUUUGCACGGCAGUUGUGUGUCCCCCCCACAUCAAGGUUGGCAGAAGUGUGAAUACAAAAUAAAAAAAUUCCUUCCAGUAGCACCUUAGAGACCAACUAAGUUUGUUAUUGGUAUGAACUUUCGUGUGCAUGCACACUUCUUCAGAUACCGGCACACAAAAGCUCAUACCAAUAACAAACUUAGUUGGUCUCUAAGGUGCUACUGGAAGGAAUUUUUUUAUUUUGUUUUGACUGCGGCAGACCAACACGGCUGCCUACCUGUAACUAGAAGUGUGAAUGACAAAUGUGCAUCCUUCAACACUCAAAUAAUACAUGCUUUGUGGAGCCACACACAUCAGUGAUCCCAAUGAAUGUCCUUGAGUGUUUAAGAAGGCAUGUUGGCCCUCUGCCGGAAGCCAGGUCUGACAUCAGCAGGGCAUCGGCUGAGGACCACCUCCCAGCAAAAGGCCUGUUGCCAGCCCCUGGAAGCCUUGUGGGUGCUAUUCCGUCUCCUGGCUCUUGCCUGCCGUCUCUGAAUUUGCAAAUGCUUACCCCUUCUUGGCCAGGGACGGGGUCCCUCGGAGCAACUUGCCAGUGGACGAAAGUAGGAAGAGCAAGGAACGUAAAUGUUACCUUUGUAAGGGGCCCAGUUUCUGUAUACACUCUCAACUCUCUCUCCCGCCCCCAGUCCUUCAUUCAGGGAAACGAGAGGCAUUUUCAGAAUUCAAGGACAAAUUCCAGUCAGGCAAAAACUCAAGGAAGGGUGCAAAGCAAGGGUUAGUGAGGGGUGUAGUGUAGGGAGAACCUGAAGGGCCAGAAAGAGAGGCAUGGACUCCUGCGGUUUCCCAGUCUUCCCCUGGGCAGUGGAGAUGUAGAUGUUACGUAAUUUGGGUAUGUGGAUGAUACGUUAAUGUAAGUAAAAUCUACAAUGAGGAAGUAGAGCUUCUCCCCCAUCCAGUUGCCUCUGCAGGAAUAAUCCUUGUCAAGAAGACAUUUACAUCAGAAUUGGUCACUGCUUAGCCACAGAGAGUAUACGGAAGCAAAAUCAGGUGCAGGGAGGCUCACCUUCCACUUAAAUCUCCCUGUGUUAACAAGAACCAGAGAACGCAGCUAAAUAAAUGCCCAUAGAAUGUUUAAAUAAACUUGGCCUGGGUGAAAAUGGUGCCCCUGGAGAAUGAAGCGUGUUGCCCAUGAGACAUUUUACUGAUUGCAGAGCAUGAGUGUGUGUUUUGUGGUUCAAGAUCUUUCAGGUUGAAUCAAAGGACUGGCUCUCUGCUUAUGGUGGAUAAUGCUCCUCAGGGAACGUACGAGUUUAAAAUCAGAGUGUCAGAUGGAAUCUGGCCUGACGUUCUAGCAACUGUGCAGAUACAUGUCAAAGAGAUAGAAAACGAAGCCAUUCGGAACUCGGCGACCGUACGCCUGGCAGGUUAGUUUUGUUUCGUCGGCUGAGUUUUGAUUCCCAUCGUGCGUAGAAACAUCUCGCCUCUUACUGAUCUCAGGGGGCUGAAUUCUAUUGGCAGAACAGCCUAGUCUGCUGAUGGUUUUUUUGUUUUGUUUUUUUUUUAAAUUGAGACCUAGGUUUAAGGAAGCUGCCUUGUGCCAACCAGGAUAAGGGACCUUAUUUAGAUAGACAGAAAAACCCAUAUUUCCUCCUGGGGUCACAUACCAGGGGUGGGCAGGGUGCGAGGUGAAGCAACAAAUGUCACUUUUUUGCCUUUGCACAGUAGACUAUUUGCUACAAGCACUCACUCACCCCUCUGUCCUCCAUCCAGGCCAGGAGAAAAGGCCAAGGAGGGAGGGUUGGCAAGGGGUGUGGCCUAGGGAGAGGGGCGUGGCUGGGGAGAGUCCCGAGAGCCAGGUAGAGAGACCUAGAGGGCCGUAUUUGGUUUCUGGGGGGCCUGAGGUUCCCCAUUUAGGGGCUCUCCAUCAAUAUUUCCCAGCCCUAACUGGAGAGGCCAUUGGAGAUUGGACCUGAGACUUUCCCAUGCAUCUGCCCCAGAGCUGUGGGUCCUCACCAAAGAUUCCCUUCAGCCGUCUGCUUUCUCUUUACCUAAUGUGGCUUUUUUUGUGUGGUAGUUUUGUAUAAUUUGUAAUAAUUGAGUUAAAAAUAACACAACUUACUGAACAACAUGUGCACAGGAAUUUGUUGUGAACCACUUCACAAGAGUACUAUCAGGAAGCCAUUUCCCCCCCAUUCUUUGUUGUUUUAACAGGUCUGUGAUCGUAUAAUGUAUGAAAGAAAGGCAACUAGCGGGAAGAGCUAUUUCGGCAAAGAGAGAGAGAGAGCUUACUUAUGUGUUGAGUCUCUGGCAUUUCCAGGAAUGGCUAGGAGAGACUCUAGUAUGAAACCCCCAGAGAGCUGCUGCCAGUUAGUGUAUGCAGUACUAAGCUAGGUGGUCUGACUCGGUAUAAGGCAGCUUCCUAUGUUCCUAGAUGUGAAAUGGACCUUAGCCAGGUUGCAGUGGAAGCCAGUGAGAGAGCCAGUAUGGUGUAAUGGUUAGAGCGUUGGGCAAGGAGAGCCUGGUUCAAAUCUCCAGGUUGACCCUUUAACCCAGGGGUCAGCAAACCUUUUCAGCAGGGGGCCGGUCCACUGUCCCUCAGACCUUGGGGGAGGGGGGCUGGACUAUAUUUUGAAGGGAAAAAAUGAACAAAUUCCUAUGCCCCACAAAUAACCCAGAGAUGCAUUUUAAAUAAAAGGACACAUUCUACUCAUGUAAAAACACGCUGAUUCCCGGACCGUCUGUGGGCCGGAUUUAGAAGGUGAUUGGGCCGGAUCUGGCCCCUGGCCCUUAGUUUGCCCACCCAUGCUCUAACCUGUAAGGAUAAAAUGGGGCUUGGAGGAACCAUGUACGUUGCCACGAGUUCCUUGGGGAAAGCGAAGGAAGUGUAAAAAUAGCUUUAAAUAUAGUUGUUUUUAUGAUAUAUUUUUAUUCUUUUAUUGUCCCGUUUUCUGAGGAUUGUGUGCACUGUUUAGAAACGGAAACAGGGGUGUGUGUGUGUGUGUGUGUCUCAAAUAAACAUAUAUGAAGUAGUUAACUGCAUGUCCUGAGACUCUUAGACCAAUAAGCUGGUUUUGUUUUUAAACCACCCAUCUCCAUAUCAGACAUGACUGCAGAAGAGUUCAUAAGGAAGGAUGAGCCUGAGGAGAGCAGGCACGACAAGUUUAAGGAUCUUCUGGCAGGCAUCUUCUCGGUCCGCCUUGAGGACAUCGUGGUUUUCAGCGUGACAAAUAUAGACGGGAGACAGACUGACGUGAGAUUUGUGGUUCAAAAUGGCUCCUCCUAUUACAGGCCAGAGAAACUGCUGGGACAGGUUGCUGCCUUCAAAAGCAAGGUGAGGCUGCAACCCGUCUGCCGUCUGGGCUGAUGUGAUGUUGGCUGACGUGCAAGUCCUUUCAGGGCGCAAGACAGAAUCCCAGUGACUCCAGAGGAAAUGUAUCGCAACCCAGUGGACUGUCACAGGGCGAAAGGCUUGUCGAUGGAGCAAACAUAUUUUUAAGAGUGGGAAGCUGCCUUGUUCCAGCUCAGACGAUUAGUCCAUGUAGGGAUUGGAAGCUUACAGCCCUCCAGACAUUGUUAGAGAACAGCUCCCAACACCCCUGGCCACUGGCCAUGCUGGCUGGGGUUGAUGGGAGUGGAGAUGCCAGGGAUUGAAUCCAGGGCUUUUCUGCAUGUGCUCUACUACAACUGUGUUCUUUCCAAAAGUCACAUGGAAGAUGGAAGCAGCUUGUUUUUUUGCUGCUCCGGAGGGGAGACAUCUGGUAUGGAAGCUAAGACCCUACCUGCCCGCAGUCUGCCUCACCAGAGUGGUGCAUGCCCUGGUUAUCACUUGGACUACUGCAGUGUGGGGCUUUGAAGGUGACUUGGAAACUACAAGUUAUCCAGAAUGUGGCAGCUAAACUGGUGACUGGGACCACAUAACACCUGUCUUGAAAGACCUACAUUGGCUCCCAGUAUGUUUCCGAGCGCACUUCAAAGUGUUGGUGUUGACCUUUAAAGCCCGAAACGGCCUCAGCCACCCUCCACCCUCAUUAUUCUGCCCGGACACUGUGGUCCAGCGCCGAGGGCCUUCUGGUGGUUCCCUCGCUGCGAGAAGUAAGAUUACAGGGAACCAAGCAGAGGGCCUUCUCGGUAGUGGCGCCCGCCCUGUGGAAUGCCCUCCCACCAGAUGUCAAGGAAAUAAACAACUAUCUGAUUUUUAGAAGGCAACCCUGUUUAGGGAAGUUUUUAUUGUUUGAUGUUUUAUUGUGUUUUUAAUAUUCUGUUGGGAGUUGCCCAGAGCUGCUGGGGAAACCCAGCCAGAUGGUAUAAAUAUUAUUAUUAUUAUUAUUACCAUUAGAUUCUUUUUUAAAAAAAACUUUAUUCCAAAACCAAAAAAGAAUUACAAACAUCAAAUUCAAAAUCCAUAUUCAUUUUGUAACAUAAGCCUAUUACAUAGUUGACUAAAUUAAAAUAUUUCAUUAGAUUCAAAUUGCAAGAAAGGAGAUUUUGACUAAACCUUAGGAAGAACUUUCUCACAGUAAGAGCCAUUAGGCAGUGGAAUACACUCCCCCCGGAAGAUGGCAGAUUUUCCUUCACUGGAGGUUUUAAAGCAGGGGUCAGGUGACCAUCUGCCAGGGCUUCUUUAGCUGCAUCUCCUUCUCUGCAGGGCAUUGGGUGGAUGGGCCCCUUCCAGCUCUACAAAUCUACGAUUCUUAAGUGUUGCAAUCAGAACGAUGAGGACAUGUGUUCAGUGACCACAAAAGUUUAUGUUGUAGACACAGAAAAUGACUGGGAGGAUUGGGAAGCCCUUUUUGCUAAGCAGUGUGACGGCUGUUUGUCCCUUUAGAUCCAGCUGGCUUUAGGAGUGAACGUUUCUCAGGUUGAUGUGGAUGAAUGCCACAGGACAGACUGCAGCGGCAGCAGCGGGUGCGUGAACUACAUCACGGUGAGUGACAUCCCCACAGUGAUGGACACCGGAAGUGUGUCACUUGUCUCCAUAACAACCAGCGUCAGCGCCGUCUGCACCUGUGCAGCUAGAGAGAGAGUCCACCGGUCAUGUAGCUCGUACUCUCACAACCCCUGUUUCAAUGGAGGAACUUGCAUUGACAUGCUGAAUGGUUACAGGUGAGAAAAGACUCUGUUUCGCACAUUCCCCAUCCCUCUUGUUUUCCUCUUGUAAGAAGUCAAGCUAUAAAACUACUGUGUUAAAAAGGGAGGGGGGAAUGUAUGGACCUUUUAAGAGGUCCUUGUUUUCUUUUCUUUCUUUCUUUCUUUCUUUCUUUCUUUCUUUAACUUUAUUGAACAUUUUUAAAACAAUUGCCUAACGACAUAAAGUCUUGCCUUCCGAGACAAAUGCAUGUAUGUGAUGUUCAGUCUUGUAUGCAGUCCAUCCACAUGGCAUCAGAACAAAGCUGGGGAACCUUUUAUAUUUCAGAUUAAGCUCACACCCACAGGGUAUACUUAAAUCUAAAGUGCUAAGAUAAUUUCUCCAUAGUGGCUGCUGUGACUGAGACGGAAGGGAAAUUACUGUAUUAUUGUUAAUAAAUUAUAUAAAAUGAUACAAAGCCUUGUUCUUUAAGCCUUCAGUCCUCUCUGCCCUCCUUCCCUCUCUCCUUCCUCUGUUGUCUUCCUUGUGUCUGUUUUUAGAUUGUAAGUCCCUCGGGGCAGGGACCUGCCUCGUCAUUCUUUGCAAAGUGCCGUGUAUGUGUGAAUAGUAAUAAUGAAUGCUUUAUAAAUAAAAGUUUACUCUUUUGCUUUUGUUUGUUUCAGGUGCCAUUGUUCUGCUUCGUUUCAUGGACCAGAUUGCCAGCAGACAAAGCACAGUUUCCAUGGAAAUGGCUAUGCCUGGUUCCGCCCCAUCAGACCUUGCUUUGAGAGCUCCCUCUCCCUCGAGUUUAUUACCGAUGUUCCAGAUGGGCUUUUGCUAUACAAUGGCCCCCUGUCAGAUUCGGGACCUGGGAACUCAGAAAACUUCAUUGCAAUAGGUAUUUGCAUUUGAUUGGUGGAACCUCACAUUGCCCACAGAAACACACAAUUACAGGGGUUGCGGGGAGAUCAUCGCAACAAUCCCAAGUGAUGUUGCUCAUCUGUUUAUCACAGCUAUUUAGUUCAUUCAGACAGGCAGGUUGUAUGAUGGUAAGCUGUCAAGAUUUUUUUUUAUUUAUUAACUACAUUUAUAUAGGUAAAGGUAAAGGGACCCCUGACCAUUAGGUCCAGUCGCGGACGACUCUGGGGUUGCAGCACUCAUUUCGCUUUAUUCGCCGAGGGAGCCAGCGUACAGCUUCCGGGUCAUGUGGCCAGCAGGACUAAGCUGCUUCUGGCAAACCAGAGCAGCGCAUGGAAACACCGUUUACCUUCCCGCCGGAGCGGUACCUAUUUAUCUACUUGCACUUUUGUGUUUUCGAACAGCUAGGUUGGCAGUAGCACGGACCGAGCAACGGGAGCUCACCCCGUUGCAGGGAUUUGAACCGCCCACCUUCUGAUCGGCAAGCCCUAGGCUCUGUGGUUUAACCCACAGCGCCACCCGCGUCCUAUUACAUUUAUAUAGGCUGCCCAAUAAUAUAUAUUUCCCUGGAGAGGAGGACAGAUUCCUACAUUGUGUGCCUGCCCCACUUUCCUUACCUUACUACAUGUUCCUGGCCAAAAAUGGUGUCUGCUUAAAAAAGCAGGGAAAGUUGAACAGAGGAAGGCACCUUUCCACAAUUUUGUAUGCAUCUCCACCCCUGCUGUCCCCAGCAGGAGCACAAUUUUCCCCCCUGCUUCUUUGCCAACAUGCCCACGCAAACACAUAUGGAAUUUGCAGCUCUUCUAGCAAAAUACAUGCCCAUAACAAACUAAUAUAAAAAGAGGGUGCAAUUCUUUGCCGUCUGGGAGAUUAUUUAAGGUAUUUAAGGACAGGUGUUUUACUUGAUAAUGAUGAAGUGUUGCUAGGCAGUAUCUUGGAUUGUUUUUGAAGAGCUGAACCACAUUUAAAUCCCCCACAGACAAAAUAGUAUAAAAAUGCACAUUUGUUAGCCAUGAAUGUUGUAUACAGUGAUACCUUGGUACUUGAAUGACUUGGCUCCUGAACAAAUCGGCUCCUGAACGCUACAAACCUGGAAGUAAGUGUUCCAGUUUGUGAACUUUUUUUGGAAGCCGAACGUCCAACGUGGCUUCCAAUUGAGUGCAGUAAGCUCCUGCAGCCAGUCGGAAGCUGUGCCUUGAUUUUCGAGAACCAAGGUACUGCUGUACUGUGCCAUAGAAGCAGGCAUGGAUGGAAGAGUCCAGUGCCAGUCCAUGUCAUAUUUCCAUAUGUUCCAGGUCUAUUCUCUCCUCUUUCUACACUUUUCUGUGAUUUUUUUUUUGAACGGCAGAAAAUAAUCUCUUUUUUGUUACGCGUCUUACCCUAAAACACACAUUUUAAUUUGAAAUGCACAUUUGUACACAUUUUAAGCUAAAAUAGGGAUUUUAUAUGCCUUUGGGUACCUUUUUAUUGCAAAAGGCAGUCCCAGCACCACAAUGCUGCUUGUUGACAUUAAACCUUAGCUUAUUUUAACUAUGGUUUACUGGGACAUGUGAGCCAGGCCACUGUUCCUUUGGUAUGAGAUACAGAUUUUUGAGGGGUGGGGUGGCGUGACAAAUCUGUACUUGUUUAGCACAUGCACUUUAGCAGGAAUGCUUAUGUUCCCUAAUGGUACGCCAGUCCUUUCAAAAAAGACAAUGGUUGCAUUUGCACAUCAUGGCAAACCAUAGUGAAUGGUUUGCUGUUAAUGUGCAAAAGGCUCCCAGUUGGCUCCUCCCCAAACAAAACCGGGUGCAACAAACCAUGAACCCUGACUGAGCGUUGCAUCCAACCUGAGGAUUGGAAUUUGUUUUGCUUCAAACUAACCAUGAUGGUGCUUCUUGGUCAUGGUUUGUUUGAGUGAAACAAACCGCAACUCCCAGUUCUGCUGUAUCUAUGAGCAAUGUGGUUUAUUCUCCCUGUUUGUGUUAGGGGAGAAGCGAAGCGGAAGCAAUCUCCCGAGUUCACGGUAACUGGUUCACGGUGACAUGCGAGCAGGGCCACUGAAUGAUGUAGCGAUGGGUGUUUUUAGUGCUUUCUGAGUGUGGCUUCUGGCUCAUCUCUUGAGUUGAAGUCAUCAAAGGGAAAGCGAAGCAGACCUUCUGUCAAAAAGAUCCCACUGGGAAGCAUCUAUGGCUUUGAGUAUUUCAAAUUAUUUUGAGGCAGGUUAUUGCAUGAUUAAUGAAGCCUUACUUCUUCAUGUUAUUUUCACAUGGCUUGGUGGAAAUAGCAAAUCUAUUUUUGGGAAGGGGAAGAUUGAAUGAAAACUAUAGUCACUUUCCCUUUUCUUUUCAUAGUAUUGUUAGGGUGCUUCCAGAUGCCCCAUUUAUUGAGAAUUCAUCCUGGUUUGGUUGCAGGGAUGUUAGAUGAUGUUGGCUAUAUUUAAUGAGCGUUCACUGGGAUGUAUUUGCAAGGAGGUUAGAUGAUGUUGCAUGAAAGCAAGCGUUUUCCUCGCACUUUCAGUUGCUUCAGUCACUUCCUUUGUUGAAAGAAGGCUGAUCUUUUGGGGGGUAAGACCACCCAACCAGCUAUCCAUAAAAGCACCUCCUGUGGAGCAGUGGGUCAGUGCAUCUGGCUGUUAACCAGAAGUUGAUGGUUUGAGGCAACCCAGGAAUAGCUGUGGGCAGGUUUUCGGGGGGGGGGGGUUGGGGUCUCUUCCGAUUCUACACAGUUCUAUGAUUCUGUUCUUGUGAAACCUGAAUUUGCUUGUAUGUGAUUGAACCCCACCCUAAAAAUAACAGCAAUCUGGUCACACCCUAAGUCGAAGUAUGUAGGGUGUGACGGAAUGUUUUAUGUUGCCCCCGUCUCUCAUAUUACAGUUGUUGUCUCACAAGUGGCAGUGUUGAGCAUCCAAAUGGGAGGAGGCAAAUUUGGGAACAACCCUGCAAUCCUAACUCCCCCCUUAACUUGAGAGUAAGCCUCAUUGAAUUCAGUCUGACUUACUUCUAGGUUUUUGGAUUGUGCUAUAAGUCUCUACACUGGGAGGGGAGGACCUCAGCCUCCCUCCUGUGUCUAACAGCAGCUUGGAGGGAGGGAUUUUAAUUGGGAGUUUGGAAUCAUGACUUCUGGACUCUGUGCUUUCCACUGAGCCUGAAUAAGGAUAGAAUAAGAUCUGAAUAAGAUCUAGCUUUUACUCACAAGUAGCAGCCCCUGUCGUGUUUUGGAAGGGAACAGGACACAGAAGGAAGGGAACAGAAGGAAUCCCAGAUUUACUAUUUCUUAAAAGAAAGGUUCUUGCAACUGCAAGUGACACAUUUUGGCCCUGAUUCAGGGGCUUAGAGUCAAUGCAAACUGCCUCCUUGCUUCCGUCCCAUGGCCAUCAUGGGUCCCAAUCCAACUCUGCGCUUUUCUUUCUCCUUCAUCAUAGAGCUUUCCGGCGGGACUCCAGUGCUGAAAGUCAACCAUGGCCUGGGCCCUGUGGAACUCCACCUGCCGAGUUAUGUGAACCUCACAGACAAAAGGUGGCACCGUCUCGAAGUGAGAAGCAGCCGGCAGGUGAGUUGCCCUGAUGCAUUUGGGGGCUCCUGGUUUAUACAAGGAAUGCACCAGGAAAGAAAAGGAAGAAUGGAGAAGCCCAUUAACGCAGCCAGAAAUUAUUUUAAUUGAUUUAUGCAGACUUGGUGUACAUUGCAAAUAUUGGAAUUAUUAUAAUUAUUUUAGACUCAUAGACUUGUAGAGUUGGAAAGGAUCCCAAGGACCAUUUAGUCCAACCAUGUGCAAUACAGGAAUCCAACUAAAGUAUCCUUGACCAGUAGCCAUCCAACCUCCGUUUAUAAACUUCCAAUGAAGGAGAGUCCACCACCUUCCGAGGGAGUCCGUUCCACUGCUGAACAGCUCUUGCCACAUUUAUAUCCCAAUUUUGUUCCUAGGAGCUCAGGGCAGGGUUAUUCCUCCUGCCUCACAACGAUCCUAUGAGGUAGGUAAAGCUGAGAGGAAGUGACUGGCCCAAGAUGAUGCCCCUGACUGAGCUAGAUGGACCCCCUUUGGCCUGAUUCUGCAGGCUCUUAACCAUUCUGAGUGUGAAGGAUGCCCAACUGCAAUCGGUAUAUCUAUACCUGGAUUCUGUGGCUAUUGCUUUGUUGACGUUCUGUAGGCUUGUCGCUUUUAUUUUCAUUUCCUCCUGUUACGUCUCGUUUUCCAGUUUCAUCUUCGAAGAGCCUGAGGCGGCACAUGAGAAUCUUUCAAUUUUCUUUCCAUUUCUUUUCCCCCCUUGGCACAGGAUGUUCGAUUCACCGUGGAUCACUGUGGAGCUGCAGUUGUGUCAGAGAUAGAAGGGGUAGGAAAAUGGUUGUCGACCGAAGACCGAACAAACUGUGAGGUUGUGGCCUUUGUUCCACAGUCAAGAAGGUAGUCUUUACAUUACUUUCCAAAAUUGGAAUAUCUAGGUCUUUAUCUUUAUAUCUAUAAAAGUACUUGUCAAGAUGAAGGCAGAGGUUCACUGAAUCACUUCACUAAAAUCAUUUACAGGUGCUUCUGUAGAUUUAAUCCUUCCUGUGCAGAAUUAGGCACAUGGAGCCCUACUGGAUUUUGUGCAGUUUCAGGUUACUUGACCGCCAUCCUGUGCAGGUGAACUUGGAAAUAAGCCCCUAGGAGCACAGGGCGAUGCCAUUCUGUGUAGUGAAGCUGCAGACAUUCAGGAGGGAGGGCUUGUGAAGGGCAGCACUGUUCCUUGAAUUCCCAGAAUCAGAAGAGGGCUAUUGAUGGCUACUAGCCAUGAUGACUAUGCUUUGCUUCCACAACCAGAGGCAGCAGUGCUUCUGAAUACCAGUUGCUGGAAGCCAAAAGAGGGGUGAGUUCUCUUGUGCUCAUGUCCAGGUUGCAGGUUUCCAUAGGCAUCCAGAUGGUUGCUGUGAGAACAGGAUGCUGAACUAUUGGCCGGAUUCAGUGGGGCUCUUGUAUGAACCACACACCUGAUUACAGCAGAGCAGAUAGGGCUGGGUUCACCCUGAUCCUGCUAAGUCACUGCUAUGUCUCCUUUCUCCUGCACCAGAGCUCCACGACAGUCUACCUUAGGGCAGGGGGAAGGCAGCGGUGGUGGUGGCUGUAUCAGUACUUUGUUGCUGGAGAGGCCUCUAAGCCACACCCUUCCUCCCCAGGAAGAAGGUGAUGCUGCACAUGCUGUUCCUGCUGAGAUAGGAGGGCCUCUUCAGCAGGAACAAUAGAAUGAAACAAUACUGCAAAGGGAGAUGUGGCUUCAGGUUCUGGUAGCAUCCACGUAAGUGGGAAAAGGCACUUGUAGCUGCUGCCCCUUCUGUUUCCCCCUUACCUGCCCAAAGGUAACUUUCCUUGUCAUCAGGCAAGGGAAGGGGAAGGCUGCAUUACUUCUUAAGCACCUGUGAGGGAUGUGAUGUGCUCAUUUGGAUCAUGUGCACCCCACUGUGGCUUUUGUGCUGAUUUCCUUGGAAUGGCACACAAAGCCCUACUCUCCGUUAGAGUGAACAAAGGGAUGCUCAUCGAGUUCUGAAUAAACACGAAUAGGACCAGGCUAUGCUGCCGCUUUUCCAACAUAGAGACGCAACAUGUUCGUCAAUUACUGAGCACAUUUGCAAUGUCUUUCCUGCUAUCAGUUAACUCCUUCUGACUGCAAGACGCUUUUGACUCAGGGGAGUUAUUUCCUUGCAAUAGGAAUAACAGCUUCCAUUAUUUGGGGAGCAUUUUAAAAACAACAACAACCACCUGGUGCUUGGUGUACCCACUCUGUGCUAUUGUCUGUGUAUAUUUAGUGGCAUGAUAAUACUAACAUUCAUCUCUUAUUUAGCACAUCUGUGUUUUGAAGGUACUUGAAUAUGAACCAGGUCCUCCAGUUGGGCGGAGUAAAAGAAUCGGUUCCAUAUUCGUACCCCCAGUUGCGGCACAAACAUUUUACCGGCUGUAUCCGGAGUCUUGUUUUGGACACUCACGUAAGUGGCAUCACUGGCAUCCGUCUCAAGAGAAAAUGGAGUGCACCUCUGGUGGGGGUAGGGGAAUCAAGCUGCUGUGUUAACAGCACCAAAGUGACCUCCCCAGAGUGCAAGCCUGGGCAGUGAGCAUGGAGCUCCUGGGCUGCCCAGAUGACAAGACCCCACUCUCAGUCUCACUGAUGUGGUCCAGAGGAAAGCAGACCGAUAUAUUUGGCACCAGCUUGGCUGCAGGAGUUGCUGGAAGGAGGUGUACAAGGUGCCAUCCAACUGCCUUAGGGACUCCCCUCUGGAGUUCACUUCUUAGCCUUUUCUUCUCCCACAAGGCAGCAGAGGUCUAGGACCAGAGGUUUCCUUCUCCUAGAUUGGCUACCUCCCCAGAUUGAUGAGCCUCAUCUGCCCCUCACUUCUGUCUACACCACUUCCCUCUAUUGCAUGUGCAGAAUCAUAGAAAAAUAGAAUUUUAGAGUUGGAGGCGACUUUCCCCAUACCUGCUACUUGAACCUUUGAAUUGGUGAUGCCGCCAGUAAUUGAAUCUGGAGUCUUCUGCAUGCCAAGCAGGCACCCUGCCCUUGAUCUAUGGGACAAAAUUUAGGGGUCCUUCUGUGCAGAGUAGAAGGAAGCAUUUUCAGCCCCCAGUGGUGGGGUGGGAAGACUGGAAAAACUAAUUUCGUGUGUCCGCGCGUGUGCACACGCAUGUGUGCUUCAGUGUGUACGUUGCACAUGUAGGUGUGAGUGUUUGAUUGCAUGUGAGACUGGGGGAAAGGUCUUUCCUGACUGAGCUACCUAGGCUGUUUACCGUAUUUUUCGCUCUAUAAGAUGCACCAGACCACAAGACGCACCUAGUUUUUGGAGGAGGAAAACAAGAAAAAAAUUAUUCUGAAUCUCAGAAGCCAGAACAGCAAGAGGGAUAGCUGCGCAGUGAAAGCAGCAAUCCCUCUUGCUGUUCUGGCUUCUGGGAUAGUUGCGCAGCCUGUAUUCGCUCUAUAAGACGCACACACAUUUCCCCUUACUUUUUAGGAGGGAAAAAGUGAGUCUUAUAGAGCAAAAAAUACGGUAAUUGUUUCAUUGGAGUUUGUUUUUUUGUUUUUCAUAAGUGAUAGUGCUGUCGCUGGUUGAGCGGCUAUCUAAUUCACUGGGGGCAAGGCUAUUUUUGGUGUUCUUUUAUUCCCGGAGGAGCUAAGAAUCGUAAAUCAGCUUCAAAGGGAAUCCAAUACCUGCCUCUCCAGCGUCCUCGGCGUUUAUCUACACAGGUUUUAAACUUUAUUCCAAGGCUUAAAAAUAUCUUUUUAACCUUUUAAACUUUUGGAAGUUCUUACCACUGCUUAACACAACUGCUCAUUAUUGCUUGCCAACAAACAAAACCCACUUUGUUUGAUUGACUGCUUGCUUGCUCAAGAAAAGGUGGGGAGCAAGCUUGAGGAGACGCUAGCAGAUAGUGCUGUCGCUCGUAUCAUAUAUUUUGUAAAAGUGGUUACCCGAGUUCAGUCACUGCACAUGCAAGCAGAUAAAGCAUGUGAGACUGUAUAUCUGGUGUGUGUGUGUGUGUGGCCUGAGGGUUGCCUGACCAUCAGUGUUGCUCUUGCAACCAAAAGGGUUUGCCACCCCUCUUUUAGAGGCUGUAACUACAUAUAGUACUUGUGACACUAGGGAUUUGGUAGCUAGUGUGUUCAAAAUGCAGGGAAGUUAUAUUUUCCUGGGAAGGCGGGAAGCCAGAAGUCCAUUUCAAAGUUCCUCCUUUUGCAAGCAGCCUUGAUGCUUUUUCCUUUUUUGUUUAAAGGUGUAUGACCUUGAGUCUCCAGCGGAGUCUCUGAAUAGUUCUCCUGGCUGCACCUGGACAGACGGCAGCUGUGAAAAGAUGGGCUCCUCUCCCUGUGGCCUCCAUGGGCAAUGCCUUGGCGAGUGGGACUCGUUUACCUGCCACUGCCUGCCAGGUUACUAUGGCUCCAAAUGUGACAAAGGUAAAGUCAUCUUCAUGCAUUGUUCGGAUAGCGCAGUGUAUGUUUUGCAGUGCAUGCAGCUGGGUUUCCUUGUAGCUGAUACAACAAUGGCCAUUGACUAGGGAAAGGGACUCUAGGGUCCUACAAGGUCCUGCACUGCCCCCAAUCCUUCACACCAUACUCCCGUCACCAUGGUUAGGCAUUAUGACUGGCCACCAUGAGCCAUGGUUAAAAUUGGGGCGGGAAACUUUUGGUCCUCCAUAUGCUGCUGGACGCGGGUGGCCCUGUAGGUUAAACCACAGAGCCUAGGGCUUGCCGAUCAGAAGGUCGGCGGUUCGAAUCCCUGCGACAGGGUGAGCUCCCGUUGCUCGGUCCCUGCUCCUGCCAACCUAGCAGUUCGAAAGCAUGUCAAAGUGCAAGUAGAUAAAUGGGUACCACUCCGGCGGGAAGGUAAACGGCGUUUCCGUGCACUGCUCUGGUUCGCCAGAAGCAGCUUAGUCAUGCUGGGCACAUGACCCGGAAGCUGUACGCUGGCUCCCUCGGCCAGUAAAGCGAGAUGAGCGCCGCAACCCCAGAGUCGGCCACGACUGGACCUAACGCUCAGGGGUCCCUUUACCCUUUACCUUUAUGCUGCUGGACUAUGACUUCUCUCAACCCUAGGAGCCCACUGGCUGUGACAGUGGGCAUGUUCUUAACAGAUUUUGGAACCUGGUGAGACCACUUACUUUCUUUACUGCCUGGGCACUCUGAGUUUUUUCUCUGUGUGGUUUUCUUGGAGCAGCUCUCAUGCAGUGGCCAUAACGCUGUGCCUGUUUAGCUAGAGGCUGUUUUUGCUUGCUGCAGACAACCAGGCUACUCCCCAAUUACAAGUCUGAACUUAAUAUGUAAUGCUGAUAAGUCUUUUAGUGAUAUACUUCAGGGUCCCAUUUUCCAUUGUGAAUGCUGUGUAUGUAUGUAUGUAUAUAUAUUUAUAUCUAUAUAUAUGCAAGCACCUUUCUGUUUGUGUGUGUGUAUAAGAAAGCACUUUUCCUUCCCCAAUUCUUCCAGCUGCUGAAGAAUCUUCAUUUGGGCCUGGGAGUCACAUAUGCUAUCAGCUUCCCUUCUACAUACCUGCCCGUAGAACAGUAGCAGAUGCCAUGAUAAGGAUGCGAGAGCCCAACGGUAUCAUCCUGAGCAUGUCUUCCCGCAACAAGGAUGAACACAUCACCCUGCAGGUAAAUGAGGAGUGAUGGUCAAUGUCAGUUCAGAGUUAAUUCUCUUCUGAACCAGCGAGCCAUAGAUGGAAAAGGUCUCUCUCCUGAUGCAGUGUGCUCAUCUUUCUUGCUUUAGAAUCCACCUGUGCCCUUGAUUUUUCCGUUUCCACACACUCCUUUCUAGAGAAAUUCAGAACAGCCAUACUGUCCCGUAUAACGUGAAUUUAUAGAAAUUGCUAUGGUUUCUAAAGUACCGUAGAGUCCUCAUUAUCAAACCUUAGGGCCAAUGGACACCUAAAUUCCUGCAAGCUGGUUUGCCAUCUUAUGAGGAAGUGUUAGUGUCAACCGGUCCAUAAAGGUGGUGGGGACCAGCAGACGUUUCCGUAGCUGAAGAUGUUUUUUUUACUCAGCAGCUGUGAUUAUAGGGAUGGGCUGCUACCCCUUGGCAUGUAUAGACUUGUUCCACAUAGACUUUCUUCAUACAAUCUUGUACCUGUGUACAAAACUUAUGUUGAGGAAAUUGAGAGCAGCUGUAUUCAGAUGUCAUGAUGCACCAUGGUUUGUUGUCAUAGGAAUGAACAAAGAUGAGUAUCAGGCUGUCAUACGUUCACCACUCUACUCUGGCAUGGUCAUGAUGGGUUAGAAAGCUGCUACUUCCAUUUUUUUUUAAAUUUACUGUGGCAUUCUGUGAUUAAACGUAUGAUAAAUGGGUUUACUCUUAGCUGUGAUUUGCUUGAAAGACUCCAGCUUCAAACCAUGGAUGAUAAAAGUUUUAAUAAACCAUCAUUAAGGUUAACCACGUUGUAGGAUUCAAAUGGAAUGCUAAGCUGAGGUCAAUCAGACUCAGCAACAAAUGCUUCCCAACUCCUCAUGGCCAAGGCUGGGGUGAGGAGGGGGUGCCCAAGACUUGUUUUCAUGGUGUUAAAGCACAGUUUAUCUUGAUGCCUGAACGUAGCCAAUAUGAACUGGUCCUCAGUCAGUGGAACUAUCAAAUUAUUCUAAUACACUCUGUGCUCCCUCUGCUGAUAUUGGAAAGUUCAUUCCUGUAUAAUGAGCACUGCAGUUUAGGUGACUAUCUCAUUAAUGGAAUAAUUUGGAUGGUCUCCCCUCUGCAUGCUCUGCUAGUAAAUGAUGGUUUGAUGCAGUGGUGCAGGGCUUCUGAGAAUGAGGGGACAUUUUUGGUAGCUGUUUUGACUGUCCUAUUUUGCAGAAAAAUAUAAGUGAACCCAAGCAAGAGGAGGGCAUCACUGAAACCGUUCCCUAGACUUCAGCUGUAGUUACUUGUAGAGCGAGUGAGAAUAUUUACAGUGAUUCACAUUUAUUUAGUGAGGUGUGUGUGUAAACACUGCUGAAUAUACAACAUUCCUGGGAAGGCACGGAGAAUAUGCUCAAACUGAUAGCAUGAACAGGGUUCUUUUUGUACUAUGUGUGGUCAACCUACAUAGUUUCCAAGUGAUGUUGGAGUAGGUACACAUGAAGAUAGUUUAAAUUAGGUAGAAAACCAACAAAGAAUCUUGUAGCACCUUAAAGACUAAUACAUAUAUCAUAAUAUUAAGCUUUGUUUUUCUUUAAGAUACUGUAAGACUCCUUGUUGCCUUUACUGCAGCAGAUGAACAUGGCUACUUCUCUGGAAAUUAUUACUCAAGAAGGGGUUGGCGAAUGAACCAUAUGUCUAGGCACUGCUUGGUCAAUGUACUUUGUCCAGGCAACAAAUUGAAUUUUCAAGAAGAUGUGUAUUUUAACUGCAAAUUUGCAGAAUGUCUAAGUAGUUCACAUUCUUAGACAUUUGGGCUGGAUCUAGGCACAUCAAAAAAAGUUUCAGGAAAACACGUUGUAAAACUCAUAAUGGGAAAUCAUGUUGCCGAAGGAUCAAACUCUAUUGCACCAUCUGGUGUCACAGUGUUAUAAUGCAUUUUAAAUCCCUCCUUCCAAUUUAGCUGAGUUCUUGGUGUUCAGAAUCCUCUGCUGAUGCCAUCAGUUUGUGAAUCCUCCAUGCUUUCAUGUGAUUGCACAACUGCAGCUACUGCUGUUAUUUUUAUUGAAUAUGACUCUGCUGAAUGGCUAGCUUAAAAGCAGUUACACAAAAUAUAAAGGGGUUGGGAAACCCUAUCAAAAGAAAACGCAUCUGCCAGUCCAGAAAACAUCUGCCCCCCGCCCCCUAAAACAGGCUCCCUAUCCUUGCAAGAAAUAAAUGAACCUUUAGUGCUUUGUGUGUGUUUCCUAGUCAACUCACAUUAUACAAUAACGUGCUAUAAGAAUGCAAUGUCAACCCUGCGGGGAGAUCAUCCCACUGAACUCAUCACGAGAAAGGAAUGGGAGCUCUCUAGACUGAUUCUGGGUUUGCAGAUGUGCAACACACACAGUCGUUUAAUUUGUGGAGUUGUUUCCCCUGCCCUUGCUCUCUUCUUCAGAAUUACCCAGGGCCUUAUUGUAUUGCAUGCAAAAAAAUAAAAAAUAAAACAAAAUGAUUGACACCGAUUCCUGGAUUUCUGCAAGGUGGUCCAGGGGUUCUUAGCAGUGUCUUACAACCUGGGAGAUGGAGCGGCUGCGGUGAGCCUCCCCUCCUACCAAGUGGAUAAUGGAGAGUGGCAUCACGUUUCCCUGGAGAGAAAUGAGAACGAGUUCAUUCUUCGCCUGGAUGGAGGAGGCGGGAAGAGAGAAAUCCUGAAGGCAGCCGGUGCCUACAAAGAGAUCAUAAUUGAUCCCAACAGCUUGGUGGUUGGCAACACAUACCCUGUCAAUCAGAGCAGCAGUUUCCAAGGUAAAAAGAAGCCUGCCUGUUAUCUUGGAUAACUGUCCAUCACGGGGACUUAGCUAUUAAAAGAGCUAUGAGCCGGCAAUGGAGCAGUGCUCACAAUGCUUUUGUGUUAGCAUUUUGCAUCCGUUGCUCUUGCUUUUGUUAUUUCUGCAUGGCUCCGGAGCUGGAGGAUUUAAAAGGAAUGAAGAGACUUAAGGUGACAGUUUCCCACCCAGCUUCUGGUUAUUUUAACUUUUCAUUCUGUGGAAUCUUAGCUAGUGAAUACCUUGUGGAAACUGAGGGAGGCGGGAAGAUAAAUGUAGAAUGAUAGCACCCCUGUUUUGCUCUGAACAAAAGUGUAUUUUUCUCUGGUGGGAAUGCCAGAAACCCAGGUUGGCAGGUUUGUGGAAUGGUAGCCCUUGGAGGUUGAAGGGCUUAUUGGGAAGGCUGCCUGUUGGUCAGCACCCAUAAUAUUCCGUUAGCCUGAUCCAACAGACUCCCCUUACAUUUGUGUGUCCCAACAACAUUCUCCAAGUAGAGAGGGAUGGAGAAAUCCAGUUCAGUUCGCAUUUUAAUGUGAAUCGACCUUAUUAAUUGCACAUUCCAAAACAAUAUUCAAACCAAAGCACGGCCAUCCUCCGAAAUUUGCACUUCUCCUGAUUUUGCAAUGCAGUUCUGUGGCCCAGAAGGGGUUGGGUAGGUGGGAUCUGACCUGCAUCUCAACUUCUCUGACUUCAGCCUGUUGUUAAACGUAGCACAUAACUCGGCCUUACAGUGCUGCGACAUCUCUUUCAAAAAUAGCUCUUGAUCAAGAGCUUUCCACAUCAAGUCUGUUUUGUAUUUUGCCUUAGGAUGCAUGAAGGAUGUCAGAUUCAAUAACUACAGGCUACCUCUAGAUUCUUACCCUAAGGAGCUUGUGCUGAGCGCCCAAGGAGUGAGAAAAGGCUGCCUUUCCGAAGCUUGCAAGAGCAAUCCCUGCAGCCAGCAAUUCAUCUGCAUUGACUUGUGGAUGAUGCAUGAGUGCAGGUAACAAAUCCCCCUUGGUGAAAUCAGAAGGCGGGAGCGGCCUGCCCAUCUAGGGCUUGAACAGAAACCCCUCAUAUUUGGUGGGAAGGGCUAAAUAUUAUUUGAGCAGUAGCCCCUUGUGCUUUCUGAUGUGCUGCUCCCAAGGCUCCUCCAACUUGAGCGCAGAAUGGGGGGGGCACUAUACCUUCUUCUGUUACUCUGGGGCUGCAAAACGGGGGAUUUUCAAGCAUGCUCCUGAUGACUGGCAUUUGAUUGAUCUCCAUGUUUUUCGCAACUGCUUUUAGGGUUCCUUCAUUCAUCUUUUACUCCCACUUUCAAAUUGGAUCGCCUCCAUUGUUGCACCAGUUCAAUACGCUGUCCAUCUGAGGCAUCUGAUGAAGUGGUCUCUUGAUUUGCAAAAACAUGCCAGGAUAAAUCCAUUAGUUUUUAGGGUGCUACUUUCUGCAUUUGGGGAGUUUUUUUAAAAAAAUAUCCCCCCCUUACCACCCAGUAAACAUUGCUGGAAUGCAGUCCUGUGAACUGGGCCCAUUCCAGGAAUCCAGCUCAAGAGGAUCAUCUGUGAGCAAAUUUCAUUACAUUGGAACUGGCUCCUACUGAAGCUGAAAUGAGGGUGUGAAAUUAAUCUGGAUUGCGGCACCCUGGAGCUUUGCUUGGGCCAGCAGCGAGGUUAAUGCCAAGGAGUUUGAUUUGCCUUCUGUGUCUUUCCAGCUGCCCUCCAGGACACAUGUUGGUGGAGAAUGUCACCGGCCGGCACUGUGUUUACACGGCAUGCGCUCAGAGGCCCUGUAACUUUGGCACCUGCAUCUCCCAGUCAGCAAGCAAGUUCCGAUGCCACUGCCCCGACGGCUACUCCGGCCGCAACUGUGAAAUCACACUAGCCAUCUUCCACAAAGACGCUGGGCUGAGCUUCAGCUCCAUGUUUGCCAUCUGCAUUUGCUUCCUGGCCCUACUAGGUAGUUAUGGCAACUACAUCUUGUACUACCUUUGGUAAUGAACCAUAAGCCGCCUUCUGUGCUGCUCUGGAUGCUCGCCAUGCCGGCUAGUUGUGAAGACGCCCACUGGAUGAUGCCUUCACUGUCUUGUCCUUCAUUCUCUCUGGCCCAUCAUCAUCAUCAUCAUCAUCAUCAUCAUCAUCAUCGACAUUCCUUUCCAGUUGCAUCUGCAUCUUUAUUUGACUCAUCCCUGGGAAAGGUCCUUCUCAUCUUUUCCACUCUGUUCUUGCUUCGACGUUCCAUUGCUGAGAACUGGCUCAGAAGGGACAAAGGGGAAAUGAACACUAUGACAUUGACAUUCUGCUUUGCUCUCUUAAGAACAGGCUUCUAUAGUGGCUGACAGUGAGUGAAAAGAUACCCAUAAUAACAUGAUAAUGAGGUUCUUUCAAAAGGCAGCGAUGGCUUUUAAAGGCUUGGGGUAUUGGCGAUGGUGAUGAUUGCAAAUGUGCUUCUUCCUCCUGGUGUUCUGGUGUUGCUGCUGCUGGUAGCAUGGCUGUCUAAGCUGCUGCUCCAUGGAGAGCACAGAGGAGAAUUUCUGCUCUCAGACAUGUCCCAUGGCCAGGGAGGACAAGGUGUGUUAGCCUCAGGGAGGACCCAGUGCAUCUCCUUGCACUGGCAGCCGGAUCGUUUGCAGACCCUGUCUCUUCCUUCUGACAGGGAGAGUCUUGAUGAAGGGUCUGGUGAUGGAAAGUGUCCAUUUCUUAGGCCUUAGAUGUUGCUGCUUUAAGAAAAAAACCCCCAGCUCAAAAUGGUCCAAAGAUUUAUCUAGUCUAGCAUCCUGGUUCCCAGACUUGCCAACCAGAUGCUUCCAGGAAGCUCACAAGCCAGACUUGAAGACCACAAGUAGAAGGGUCCUGGCUCAGUGCAGAGAAUCUGCUUUGCAUGCAGAAGGUCCCAGGUGGAAUGCCCAGUGGCAUCUCCAGGCAGGUCUGGGAGAGAGACCCCCCCCCUCAGAAAUCCUGGAGACGCACUGCUAGUUGGUGUCAAUAGUAUUGAGCUGGAUGGACCGAGGGUUUGAUUCGGUACAAGGCAGCUUCCUCGGUUGUCCUGCCCCCCCCCCCCCGAGCAACUGGUAAUCAGCAACAUGCUCUUUAACUGUCAUGGACAAUAGCCGUUUAUAGAUGAAUCAUUCAUAAAUUUGUCUGCGCCCCUUUUAUAAAGCCAUUUAAGCUGAGUGGUUCAGGGAGGUGUGUUUCCUAGGGUGCAGUGCAACAUGAAACAGAUUUCCCAGCCAAUGUCCAACGAUGCCCCCCGUUUUAUUUAUAUAUAUUUAUUUUAUUAUUAUGCAAUUGUUUACGUUGAGUCUGUUAUCGUUGUUACUUGCUAUGGCACACAGCACCUUCAAAUUUGCAAAGUGCUUUUACAAUCUUGUUCAUCCCAACAAGAACCCCGUGGGAUUCACUGCUGUUCUUCUCAUUCUGCAAAGGUGGGCCUUAGCUCAUGGCAGAGGGUGAUAGUCACAUCUAGGAUUCCUGGCUCCAAAACUAGUGCUCUGUCAACUGGAUCACUGAUUGAGACAGCCCUGCUGCCAAGGAAAUGAUGAGUCCGGUUAGGUGGUUUGUAUCUUAAAAGCCCCAGGUGAAGCAUCUGAGGUCAGAGCGUUAGUCCACAUUUACAGUCUUGGUUAAUGCAGAACCGCCUCCUGAAAUCCCGCAUCGCGACACGGGAAGUUUCUGCUAAAUUGCGCUUUCCUUCUGCAGCGAAAACUCUUCCCUAAUCUCACGUCUUUGCCCAGGGCUCUUUUGAAGUCAUCCUCGUGAAAUUGCAGCUACUUGGAAAAGUAAUUGCUUCCUCUUUUUUGCUGCUGUUUGUUUGUUUGCUGUCACUCAUAUUUUAGCAUUUUUGAAUUUCCAAUGCAUGAAUAUAUUUGCCAUGCAAACACGGGACAACAGGUAUUUGUAACUAGGUCAGAAUUACUUUCCCGAACUGUGGGGAACCUCUGCUCUGUAGGACAACAAGGGAACUGGUAGCAGAUGGAAAGCAUUUCUGCUCUGAAGUUUAAGCCCCGUGUUUCCAUGAGGCCACAUUGUGCUGUAAUUGGGUUUGGGGAGAACGAGCCCCCAUGCUGUGCAACAGGAGGCAGAAAAGGUGUGCUUGGGACAGUGUUAAAUAUCGCUCACAGCUGCUGCAGCCUUAGUGGGCUGAUAGGCUCUUCUCUGAUAAAGCUUGUUUAUGACGGUUCAAUGUAAGCUUCCAUUGACUUUGAUGCACAUUGAAGCUGGCUUCUGGAUGUAACACUUUCAUCCAGUGGCGCAUUCUGACAGGCAGUUACAAGAGGAGUUGCUCCUCUGAGAAUUGUGUAUUCGGAAUACAAGAAUGAAAGCAUUUUGGAAGAAGCGGAGCUUACAUCCAGCAUGAUAUUUCUCUUUUUCACAAAGAGGUUUAUUUCUUUGUAGUGAGAAAAGGCCUCCUUUUGUGCUGGGAACAGGAGAUUGAAGCCAAAUCCUCUCCUUGGGGGACAUGGCUGGGUCAGUUAAAUACUCUUGAAACUGGGCUAGAGCUCUGUGUGUACGUGGCUCUGUUUACAGGCCACCUUUGUCUGCUGUUUUUAGUACCCUUGAUGGUUGCUGUGGGGUGGUAAAAAUGGCAUUUUGUAGGCUCUUCUGAACUGGCAAAGAGCAUGUUUUAUUCAGGCCAUUUCUUUUCCAAAUGUGUGUAUCUCCGAAUCAGGAUGCAACACAGGGUCAUAGUAGUGGGCUCCAGUUUCAGACGCUGUAUAUUUUCACUCACUAUCAGUCUUGCAGUCUGAGAAUCCUAAGAAUGUCCUGCGAACAAAGGGGUGCUUUUUGUUUUAAUAAUCACUGAAUGUUAAAACUUGAGAUUACCAUUGCACUCAGUUAGCAAUUGCAUGAGUGGCAGUUUUAAAGAAAUAGAGCCCAGUGUGGUUUGGGAACCUGGCAGACCAGGUAGGGGUGUUACCCUUUUUGCCUGCUGCUGUGGUUCUGGUCCAGAAUUUUUGAGGGGGGGGCUAUUUGAGUAAAAGCUCCCCUUGCAUGGGGAAUGGGAACUAGUCUUUCAAAGCAAAUGGCAGGUGGCAGUGGGUGCGGUGGUAGGGCCCCCAGUCCAGGUCAGGACUAUAGCGAAGCCAAAGCCCUCCUGCUCUCUCCACCAGGAUUUGACUUACCCUUCCCUGCUCUGUAAUUUUAAUUUCUAAUUGCAUGAAGGGCAUCUUGCAUUCUUUAGCCUUAGAGAACACACACCAAUCACCUUUGUCAUAGUAUACUCUGGAUUGCCAGAAUGUAAAUUUCAAUUCAAGUAUGUGAGAGGAGUCGCAUAGUUAAGAAAAAGCAAACAAACCCUGUGCCUGAAUAUAUAUUUUUUUCUAAUAAAAAUGUGUCAUGUGCCUCUUUGUCUAUGUCCUGUUCAUCACUUCCAUUCAUUUUCAUUGUUGUUUGUUCCAUAGACUGUUCCUCAUUUUGUGUAUUACAUGUUUACUCAGAAGUAAGACCCACUGUAUUCAAUGGGGCUCCCUCCCCCCGGUAAAUGUGCAUCGAUAGGGUUUGGAUUUACCACAUGCCCCAACAGUGGACAGUUUCAACUUUCAGCAUGCAAGGUUGAAUCCAGACUAACAUCUGGAAUGCAAGCAGGAGAAAGAAGGAUGAACAGGAUUAGGUGAAUUGGUGGGCGGGAGGAGCAUCAAGCCAUAGUUAAAACAAAGCAAGGUUUGUGAGCCAACAGUAAACUAUGGCUGGCAGUAAACCAACCAUAGAUAAUCAGUUGGGCAGGAUUCCUCCAUAACCAUAGUUUAACAAACCAUAGGUUUGUGUUAUAUAUGAGCUAAGCCACUGUAGACAAGACUGAAUCCGAUGGAUCUGUUGUCUGAUGUAGUACCCUUUGUUCCAGGUUCAUAGGGUCUUCCCUCCGCAGGGCAUUAGCUGGGCACUGCACAAGGACACCCAAUUACAUGGAGGUCUCAUUCUUGUGAUCCUCCUUGGGGGAGAAAAAUUACAUUGGGUCGGGCUUUCCUAUGAGCAGGCAUUGCUUUGAAGGCUCACAUCACAUUGGAGGUGAAGGUGGAGGUUGCACAGUGGCUGCUGCCAACCUGUGUAGGAACUGCUGGCAUUGACAUUGACCCUCCCCACUGACCUCCAUUCUUUCCUUCCUCCUCCUCCCUGAUGCAUCUCUCCUGUUUGGACAAGGCUUUGCCGCCACAAGGACGAUACAAGAUCAGAUGGGCUGCUGCUAUCAUGUCCAGCAGAGAUGGCUUUUAUGGACUUGUCAUGAGUUGUUUUUCACCAUUUGCAUUGUCUGUCAUCUGCAUAGUAGCACUUUGAGAGUGCAAAGUGCUUUGUAAUCUUCAUGUUAUUCACCCUCAGUGACAAACAUUACAAGGUAGGCUGUUAUUAUUCCUGUUUUAACCAAGAGGGAUUGAAGGUGUGAGAUAAUGUACCCAGAUGCAUCUAGCAAUCCUCUGUGCCACCAGUUAGUUUUUAAACUCAAUCACUCUUGAAUCCAUGCUGGUCUUUAAUAAUACAGCCCUACAUAUAUUUAGCUCUAAGUGCACUCACUUCAUGGGAUGCUCAUCCAAAUUAGCAUUCCUGGGCUUGCAGGCCAAAUGUGGGUGCUUAGCUGCUGCUGCUGCUGCUGCUGUUGCUGCUGAUGCACCCCUCCUCUGGCUAUUACUCACCUUCUGACUGAUUUACUUUUAUUAAUAGCAAUAAAUCAAAAGUAGAGCUAAGUCCCUGCUAAAACUAGCUGCACUUAUUGGAUUGUCUACUUAAAGUUCUGAAUCUGUGCAUGCUUAAAUCAGCAGAAUCCCAUUGGCUUUGGUAGGAUUACUGAGGUGGUGCUUGUUUGAGAGCAGGGAUUGGGUCUGUUAGCCUGAGACAAAGUAGUUUCUGGACAAACUUGAACUGGGGUUUAAAUGUUGCACCCUCCAUGUGAGUUACUUUCAAAGGUGACGUGGCAGAGGGUGGUGGUUUCAGGGAUAUUUCAGAUGUGGCGACCUUCCAGCGCAUUAAGUCCUAACUCUCAAAGUUCUCCUUUUUAAUGGUGCAUUUGGCCUUGAUUUCUAAAUAAAUGCUCUUCGCUUUCUCACCCAGUUCUGCUCAGCGGUGUCUUCCUGUGGACUCGGUGGAAGAGCCACAAAAGCAUGAACGGAGGAGUUUACCACGUCACCACCUGCCACGAUGACUUGGAGGACAUUCGAGAGAACAUCCUCAACUAUAAUGAGGAAGGGGGUGGGGAGCAGGAUCAAGUAAGGCUCUUUCUCUGACGGUUGAUCUGACGUAUGCAAGGAAACUUACACUGGAGGAAAAACCAUUGCUGGCUUUGCUUUGAUAGUACAGCCUAGACUUUGAAGGGACUGUGAAGGCCAUGAAGUCCAACCCUAUCUCAAUGUACCUACGGCAUCCCAGACAGAUGGCCAUAAUGGGGAGGAGAGAGCCCAUGGCAGGGGAACCGCCAUGUACCAGGCUCACACCGGACAGGGCAGAAGUUAUGUAGGGGGCAGCUUUCCCCCCCCCCAGUUAAUUUUUGUGCACAUGUGUGGUGGUUUUUCUUCCUAAGGGAAGGGGAUUCACUAGGCCAGUUCCAGGGACUAGUGUAGUUUUCCCAUACUGGUGGGGGUGGACUCUCCUUGGUUGGAGGUUUUUAGGCAGAGGUUGGAGGGUGCUUUAGGGCUUGGACUAAAUAACCUGUGGGAGGGAGUCCCUUCCAACUCUAAAAUUCUGUAAAUAAUAAUAAUAAUAAUAAAUUUUAUUUAUAUCCCGCCCUCCCCAGCCGAAGCCGGGCUCAGGGCGGCUAACAACACUAAAAUAGUGCAACAUUAUAAAAAUUAAUUAAAAUCAAAAUUGAUGGCAACCAUAAACGAAAGUUUUGUAAAGAUGGCCUUUGGAUCCUGUGGAUCAAAGGUCUCCUAGCAUGCCCCAUUUUUCUCCCUUGCAUUGUUGGAACAAUGAUAGCAGAGUGGAAGUGGCUGCAGAGAUGUCUGUGGUUAUAAUGACUCAAAGGACAGACCUCCCUCUCUGCAGACCGGAGGUCGAGAUCCACUCCUGUCCCAUGGCCCCUGCUGGAGACCCAUAGGAUUUUGUCCAAAAUUGUUUAAUAUUAUCUUCUCUCCCUUCUGGCACUCAGAAAAGCACAUUUCAGUUUUAGCAAAUGGGGCAUAUAUCUCCCCUCCACCCCACCAGACCUAACAUUUACUCUGUCCUGAUUGCAAGUCCUUGCAACGUUUUGUAGAAAUGCUCAGUGAAUGUUGCUAUCUUAGUAUUGCCUCAGAUAAGGCUGCAAUCCUGUGCCAACUUGCCUGUGAGUAAGCCCCAUAGAAUUCAGUGUAACUUACUUUUGAGUAGACUGUGUAUAGACCUGCACUGCAAAUGUAUUACAGCAUCAGUCUCCAAAUCAUCUGAACCAGAGACAUUUCACUAAAACUGCCUGGGAGAAAACAUAGUAUAAAAAGUCCAGAGAAGUCAGUGAGCUGCAAACAUUCUUGUUUGCUUACCUGCCCACACACACCGAUGUCAAUUAGACCUGCAACUUUUUAAUCAAUCUGACAAAAAGAUGACCCAGUUAAUCAUGAGGAAGGGAGCAGGUUUUGGAAGGCAAAUCAGUAUUUUUUUAAUACCGUGGAACCUUGGUUCUCAAACGGCUUAGUUGACGAACAGAUCGAUUCCCGAAUACCGCAAACCCGGAAGUGUUCUGGUUUGCAAACGUUUUUCAGAAGCUGAACAUUCGGUGCGGCUUCCGCUUGAGUGUAGGAAGCUCCUGCAGCCAAUUGGAAGCCGCACCUUGGUUUUCAAAUGGUUUCAUGAGUCGAACAGACUUCCAGAAGGGAUUAAGUCCGAGAACCGAGGUACCACUAUAAUACCUUUGGGUGGAAGGCCAGGAAAUAUGCUUAAAUAAUAAUAAUAUUCAUACUCUUCGAAAUAUAUAAAAAAGUAAAAAAAUUGUCCAGUAGCACCUUAGAGACCAAGUAAGUUUGUUCUGGGUAUAAGCUUUCGUGUGCAUGCACACUUCUUCAGAUACCAUGCACACGAAAGCUUAUACCAUGAACAAACUUACUUGGUCUCUAAGGUGCUACUGGACAAUUUUUUUUUACUUUUUUAUAUAUUUUGACUGCGUCAGACCAACAUGGCUACCUACCUGAAUUCGUACUCUUGUUGUUAUUAUGGCUGUCACUAUAAUUAUUAGGAAUGUUAAAUGGACUUAUAACAAUUGCUGGUGAUAAGCACCGUCUCAGAAGAGGAAGCUCCUCUUCUGUCUUACGCAGGAUGUCGCUGGGUGCUGUGGAGCUCAGUUUUCUUUUACUAGCUAAUGUGGGAGGCAGGUUGGGACACUGAUGGUGGAGGGGAGGACUUUAACUGCCCCUCCUCCCCAUGGUGCCAAGAGUAGACAUGGACCCUUUGCCCCAACCGCCCAAAUUUCAGUCGGGAUCAUAGUACAGGUAAAAGGUUAAAGCUUGCAAAUCUUGCUUGUUAGGCUCCCCUUUUGCAUCUGGUGGGCCAUGUUGAGAACAGGAUGCACAACCCUCGUUGCUUUUCUUCCAUUUUUGCUUGGCUGGGAUGUGUCCUUGAACUCCUAUAUUCCCUCUUAGCUGGAGAACAGAAGAGGGGUGGGUCAGUUGUAUGUGCAUGAGCAUGUGUAGAAACUAACUUAUUACACAAUGGUAAAAUAUGCAUUUAUUGCUCCACCCACUUUUGCCUCUAGCCCUGCCCACUGCUGGAAUGUGGCCCUCAAAACAUUGCCUAGAAGGGAAUGUGGCCCUUGGGCUGAAAAAUGCUCCCUACCCCUGUCCUAGAAGGACUGUGUCCUAGGAUGACGUCUGUGCAAAUUCUGCACCCAGAGUAGGAUUCUGCCCCACAAAAAAAAAAAAGAAUGUACGAGUUUAGUUUGAAUUUUACACUUGAUAUUUCCUACUAGCGGAAUGCAAAUUUCCUCAUUAAAAAACGGAGGAAAAAAAGAAAGUUGAAGGUUUUGAUAAAUUUCCGUGAACAUGUUUUAAACACUUUAAAUGGAUAUUUAUCUUCAAGGUGGCACACAGCGAGCUAAGUAUACAAAUCCUAUUAGUGUUUAAUAAGAUUAACUCCCUCUGCAAAUUGUAAAGGGGAAAAAUAGGUUUACCCGAGCAGGGGAUCUAUCUUGAGGAAGCAGGCAUUGUUUAUCUGACAUGUCAGGAGCUUGGUAUCUGCUCCUUUCAGAAAGUAGCAAGACGAGCCCAAAUGAUUCAAGGGUAGUUUGUUUCUACGGCGCAGGGUGGAUCUCCACAUCCAUACUGCGUUGCUGCCUGUGACGAAACUUUUGCAUUAUCUAGAGAGGCAGAGAGACCAUCUAUGUCCAAUGCCACAGAAGCUAAAAUCUUUGCUCCGAAGAAACAGUCAUGGCUUCCCUCAAAGAAUCCCAGGAAAUACAGUUUGUUAAGGCUGCUGAAGAUUGUUAGCAGACUGGCUCUUCCCCACACAGAGCUACAGUUCCCAGAGUGGUUUAACAAUCAAAGCCUCCUUCCCCGCUCACUGCAAGAAGCUUGUAAAGGUAAAGGUACCCGUGACCAUUAGGUCCAGUCGUGGACGACUCUGGGGUUGCAGCGCUCAUCUCGCUUUAGUGGCUGAGGGAGCCAGCGUUUGUCCGCAGACAGCUUCUGGGUCAUGUGGCCAGCAUGACUAAGCAGCUUCUGGCGAACCAGAGCAGCACACAGAACGCCGUUUACCUUCCCGCCAGAGUGGUACCUAUUUAUCUACUUGCACUUUGACGUGCUUUCGAACUGCUAAGUUGGCAGGAACAGGGACCGAGCAACGGGAGCUUACCCCAUCACAGGGAUUCAAACCGCUGACCUUCUGAUCAGCAAGCCCUAUGCUCAGUGGUUUAGACCACAGCGCCACCUGCGUCCCAUAGAAGAAGCUUGAGGGUGCAGCAAAUGGGGCCGGUGUGCAGGAUGGUCACUGGGGCUGAGGUCAGCAUGCAUCUUCCCUCACCCCAUGUUGUAACACCUUUCCAGGAACAGAGAAUGAAUCCAUAAGUUUGUGGCUGGGUGCAUGCGACUUAAAUGUCCGACGCUGCUGUUGAUGUCUUCCUCCUGCAGGAUGCUUACAACAUGGCGGAGCUCCAGAUGUCCCUUCAAACCAGCCCAGCCUACUCCCUUUACAAGAAGAAAGGAAAGCGGGCAGAGCUGCAGAGUCCCGUGAGCUGCGACCUCCCAGCCAGUCCAAAGGAGCAGCUGGAAGCCCUUUCCACAGGACUGGGCUCCUCCUUCUCCAGCAUCGACUUUGGGUGCUACCUUUCAGGGGUGGUUAGAAACAUGGACCAGCUGCACCACGCCCUGCCCUGCGAUUCCUUGCAAGUCUUUUACACGGAAGGAGAGUGUUCAGAAGCCAGCAGCCUAAGUUCCCUGGGCUCCGGUGGAUGGGAGGAAGAUACAGCCUACGGGGAUAUGAAAGAGUGGGGGCCGAAGUUUGAAAAUCUCAGCAAACUCUAUUCUCAAGCAGAGUCCGAUGAUGGUUAG